CUCUCUUUCUUUUUUCCUCUGCUCAUUUACUAAGCAUGGACUUUUUUUUUUUUUUGCAAUUAUACAGCUGCUGUGUGAACCUGGUCACGCAUGCGUGGGGCACUAUCUAAAAAUGAACAUCCAAUUCAAUGCCAUGUAAUGGGGAGGAAUGAUGUGUGCCGGUGUUAUUAUCCCUCCGCCUGGACUGGUGCUGAGAGGAGAGCACAUCUAGGAGAGCAGCAUGAAGCGGCUGUUGCACAGGGAGUGGGCUGCUGCAGCUGUCCUGUCUCUCUGAUCCUGAUCCUGAUCUUCCUGGAAAAGAUGGGUCUGUAGGAGCUCAGAGCCCCCAGGUCAGUGCCUCCUCUCUGGCUAUAAAACAGCUGUAUGUGUUACCUCCCGUCCAUGUUCAUGGGAGAUCCAGGGCUGAUUAUAGAUUUUAACGCCCCCUCCUUAACCCUUUCCUGUAGAUAUCGAUGCACUAGUGAGUGUCUGAAUAGCAAUUUAAGGGUUAACGUUCUAAACCUGGAACCCUCAGCAAGACUGUUCCAUUGGUUUCCAUGGUGACUGCUCCCCAUUUAGCACUUUGACCCACACUUGCUUUCGAUACUUAUGGCCCUUUGCUGGCCCUCCAUGCCAAUUCAUUGCUAAAUCACUGUAUUCUGCAAUGAUGCACGUCUUAUUUACUGUAAAUCUUAGAUGUGCUUGUUUAUAAUUUGUAUAAACUAGGAAUUUAUAUAUAUAUAUAUAUAUAUAUAUAUAUAUAUAUAUAUAUAUAUUUUUUUUUUUUUUUGUGUUUUUAUCUUAUUUAAUAAUACUGUGCAUGGUCAUAUUACAGCAAUGUACUGUACUCUGAUUUCACCCCUGAGCUCCACAGUGGGUGGGCUUGUUGCUAAUUUUAGUUGUCUCUAAUCCAUUACCAUACAGUAGCUUGGCAGUGCCAUACCUAUUGCUUUUGGAUUGGGAUAUAAUGCAUCCACAUUGAUCACAUAUGAUUAAUGCUCACAGUUUGCAGUGCCUUCUCUAGAAUUUGUUCACUAAACAGCAAAUUGGGAUAAAAAUGAAUUGGAGAAUGUUGACUUGAAUUUAAUAAUUUCAGUUAACUGUUUAGUUAUGAGUUAUGCAGCUGUGAUUUCUUGGACCACUGGUGUGAAGUGGGCAUCUCCUGCAAAUAGGAUGCUACAGGUCCAUUUCUAUACACCCACACAGUGUGGGUGCAGUGACUUGGCUUCAGUCUUCAGGCUUUGCUGCAUAUUUUGGUACAGCUGGUUACAUCUUGUGAAGUCUUGUGUUCACCCACAUCAUCUAGGUUGUGCAGAACUGCAAGGCGAGAGAAUUGGAGAUUGGCACUAUCAGAUGGGUAAAACCGUGGGAGACAGAUUUUCUUGACAGACUAGGCCAUUGAUGGUGCAGGCAGGGGGAAAUCAAUUAAUGAAAGGUCAGGAGAUAAAAUGUUUGUAGGUAUAAAGGGUAUAUUUUUGGCUCUGUACAUGUCAUAACAUGCAUAGCACAGAGUGAGGGUAGCUUGGCUAGAUAUAAAAAAAAUAAAAUAAAAAUAAGCAAAUACAUGGCAGAGGUGCCUUAGAAAGGGCAUUAAGCAGAAAAGAAUGAAACCUGUAAAAUAUAAUGAUAUUCAGUAGAAAAUUAUUUAGCACUAUUUGUUAUAAUUUACAUGGAUUGUGUAUAAAAAUACCUUACAUCAGCCAUUUCCAAUGUGUAAGGUUUUGCUUGGAUAUUGGCCUUCCUCUAUCGUGUUAGAAAUUGUGUGUGUCUUAAAGUAUGUGUGAAAUAGAGGGGGAUAUAAAUAUGUGUGUGAUUAUAUAUAUAUAUAUAUAUAUAUAUAUAUAUAUAUAUAUAUAUAUAUAUAUAUAUAUAUAUAUAUAUUUUUUUUUUUUUUUUUUACACCCUUGACUGCCAAAGUAAAAUCAUCAUACAUGUCCCACACAAAACUCAAUCAGUUAAUAACCGCUACACUUGAUAGACUAUUUUACAUACCUCCAUUGGCAUGUAACCUACAUGGAGAAAUGGCACGUUUGUUUACAUUAAACAUUAUGCGAUCUUGGGAAACCUGUAAACUGCAUUAGUGGGCUUUGACUGUACCGUCUUGAUACCUGUUUAUGUGGGAAUGUUAUUGUUGAGUUAUCCCUAAGUUCCAUUGGGUCUAGUUACAACUGAGUAUUCUGCCAACGGACAUGUUAAAUGUCUGUAAAUAUUACGAUCAUGUGAAUUUAUAGGGAAUUCCAACCAUCCUAGGAUGCAUUUGUGUCUCUAGGAGACAUAAUUGUCCUACAUUUAACUGGUCAAAAUACAUUUCAUCUGUAUCCAUUUUAACUGUCUUGGAAAAUCCGUUAUUCUUUGUUGUACAAUUGCACUAAUUAUUUUUAUGAAGCAUAGCCAUUAAUAAUAUGUUUUCAGAAGAUAUUUCUAUUUCGUUGUACUCUUUGUCCUUAAAGCUGGAUGCAACAGGGUUGUUCACUAAAGUGAGAAUUAAAAGUGUUCUGCUGCCAGUUCUGCUACUUGGGCCCAUAAUUUUGAAAUUUUCUUUGAAUUCUUACCAUAGUAAAUAACCCUGCAUGUACUGGAUAGAUCACUAAAAUCUGUAUUAUUAAGAGCAUUUAGUACUGCGAUAUACUAACAUUUGCCAUUAAGAGAAAUUUAUAUUUUUGUUAAUGUUUGAGUCUACUUACAGACUGAACAAUGUAAAUAUAUUCUUCAUAAUUAACAUAUUACCAAAAUGCAGGGGAUAAACAUUGUGGGUCUUUUAAAUGCAAGCAUCUGGAUGUAACUCUUUAGUGGCUCAUGAAAAUAUUUCAUAAAUAUUCUGUAAGUCUGCUAUGCUGCCAGUUCGGCUACUUUGGACCAAAAUUUUCAAUUUACUUUGAAUUCUUUUUUUUUAGUAAAACAAACCCUGAAUGUACUGGAUAGAUCACUAAAACCACUAGUAAUUGGAGCAUUGACUAUUGUGAUAUACUAACUUUGUCAUUAAAGGAACACUAUAGGGCCAUAGAUACAAAGCUUUAUUCCUGACCCUAUAGUGUUAAAACACUACUUAGGUGUCCGGCUCCCCUUACCCCCUUAAAAAAAAAAAAAAAAAAGCUUUAAACUUACCAUUUACAAGUGCUGAGUGAGUCCGCCCACUCUCAGCCAAUUCAAUGAUUUCCCAUAGGAGAGCAUUUGGAGGCUAAUAUGCAUGCUCGGCAAAACGCAGCACUGCGCCAAUCAGCAUCUCCUCAAAGAGCAGGGAGAUGCUGAAUUUCAGUUUUGCACAUUGUGCAGCACUGGCCAAGGAAGCACCUCUAGUGGCCAUGUGAUCUACCUACAGAUAGAUGUUGGAAAAUCUACCUUGGGCACAUAGAGUCCAUGAAUCAGGUUGCCACAAAUAUCCUUGACAUGCAAAUGAGCACAGAUAGACAAUGCGUUUCAGACUUCACCCUGCAUUUCCGCAGGUACCCUUAGUAGCGGGACGCUGUUUUAGACAGCCUUUUUUUAACCAGAGCAUUGGGUUGUGAUCCAAAAGGACCAGUGCCAAGAAACCAGCCAUGGAAUGUACAUUUACAACCUUUGUGGUAUUUAAAAUUACUCUUACCACUUCUACAUUGCUCCUGGAGGCAAAGCCCAACUUUAGCUCCUCCCCCGCCGUACAUUUUUACACAUACUAUACAGCAAUAAAAAACAAUUUUUUUACGGCAUCUCGUUGUGCAGAUUUGAGAAUGUCUGUGUGUCUGAAAAAUUUCACAAUUUUGGGGAAUUUUCACAGACCACCAUUUAGAACCCUUAGAGAGUACUGGUGAUGUUAGCUCCUGGCAGUUAAAACAUGGCAACAAAGAGGAAAGAAUUUCAGGUGGGUAUAUGACAUUCCUCCUUCUCCCAUCAGGUGCCACAGUAUAAGCAAAUAUGUUACUUCAGGGUUUCUAAUUAAAGAGACACCCAGACCACCUCAGCUCAUUUAAGUGGUCAGGGUGCAAACUCCCAUCACCCUUAAGCCUGAGCAUGUACUUAUUGCAGUUUUUAUAAACUGAAAUAAUUACCUGCUAUGGUUAACUUCUUGUCUAGUUGCUGUCUACCAGACAGCCACUAGAGGGACUUCCGGGUGGAUAGGCGACUUUUGGUCGCCUAGUCGACGCUGGACGUCACUGGGAUCGAAUAAUGCUUUCUUAUGGGGAAAUUCCAAUGAGAGUGCAGCCAUUGCUGCGCAUGCGCGUCACGGCAGCCGGCGGGGGAGGGGCGUAGGUGGAGCUGAGCCAAUGCAGAGGGAUAUUGGCGCCUGACCAAGGUAAGUGCCAAGGCACCACGGGUGGGGCCUUGACAGAAGGGGAAGCUAUAGUGCCAGGAAAACGACUUUGUUUUCCUGGCACUAUAGUUUCCCUUUAAGGAAAAGGUGCUUUGCCUUUUGUUACAUAUUUGAUUCUGUGGCUUUUUAGACUGUUAUUAACCCCUUUAUCAUAGUUGAAUUGCUAUCUGUCAAAGUAAAGGAUUACUCCAGGUCUUUUUAUUGAAUACUUUUAUUUUAAUUUGGUAUGUUUUUUAUUGGUAAUUAGAUCUGUCCCCCGUUAUGAAGUUAAAAAUAUAAACUUACCUGAAAUCCAGCACCGGGCUCAGCUCCUCGCAAUGGUUGCCAAACCCCUUCUGCUUUCACUGUCUCCCCUGUGAGGUCAUAGAGAAACAUUUGAUUGGGCUGUUUUACAGACUCGAAGAGCAUGCACUUCAAUAUGUAACUAUUGCAUUAGCUCCGAUCUGAGCCAGUCAUGGAAGGGAGUGUGGGUAGACAGAUGAUGACAACAGGGAGCGCUGACAACAGACUACAUUUUUGCACAGAAUUGACAUUAGGCAGCCCAGAACAGAGUUCCUGGUUGCCUGAUUCAGGAGUGGGAGUUGCGACUAUCCGCCGGCACAAACUUUCAAAUACCCCCGACUGUAACUCUCUACAUACAGAGUAACCCUUUAUAGGAAGCCAUUCACCACCCUGCACUAGUUGAGCGUAUAUGAUUAACCGGAGCAAUGCACAAAAAUGCAUAAUGAUAACACCCAUAUGACUGGAAUGCUAUUAGUCUCCCCUAUGACCUGCAUUUUUUGUGAAAUAUUUUCAAUAAAGUUAACUCUUUUUUUACCACAUUUAUGAAUGUCUCACCUAUACUGAAUUUAAAUGAUUUGUAUAGUCCAGUAAUAAUUUCAGACACAUCAGCUUUAUUUAUCACUUCUCUGGUUUCAUUCUGUAGAAAAUACAUUACAGAAAAGGUACAUUUUAUACAACAAAUUUCUAGGCUCUGCUCCUUGUGCAGUAUCUUUCGCAUCAAAUAUUUUCUCUCUGCUCUUGCAGUUUUCUAUGAGAGAGCUUUAGUUUUCCCCGAUAUUUCUAUAGGUAAAUCAAUAAUAAAGCAUGUGGAUAGACAUACUAAGGGCAUCAAAAUACUGACUGACAUUUAAUCUAAUUGUAGACGUUUACUAAGUGCACAAAUAUAUAUUCACAUUUUAGAAUUGUUUUAGCAUGUGUGAUUACCAUGCGUUAAAAACACACUGUAAUGGGUUCUUGAAACCUGUAAUUUUGUGCAAGUGGUAUUUACCAUGUGUAAUUGUAUUGACUUUUAAUCAAAUUUACACGAUUACUAUUGUUAUACUGCUUUUGGACAGUUAAAGGGAAACUUUUAAGCACCAAAUCCCUACAUCCUUAACGUAGUGGUUUUGGUGCAAAUAUCCUGUCCAUGUAUCUUCUCCAUAACUCCCAACAUUUAUACUACGCAAAUACAGAUUGUGCCACAAAGGGGUCUUGCCAACUAGCAAUAUCCAUGAUGGGUGCUACUGAAACACUUCCUGCAGGGUUCAAGUGCCUCAAUGAUGCCCUCAUGCUUUGCUGCUCUGGGACAGUUCCCCAAAUGAGGAAUGCCAGGGAACUAUGGCAGGACAGAACCCUGAAAUCAGGACUGUCCUGCUGAAAGGCCCACUUCUCCUUUUGUAAACAUUGCAUUUUCUGUGAAGUUUUCGUUGCUCGUGAAUAACACCUCCAGAGGUUGUCACUUAGACAGCCACUAGAGGAGCAAUCCUUUUAGUUCUUGGCAUACUUACCCAGCAUAAAGAUGCUGAAUGCUCCUCAUGAUAGAUGCAUUAUGAGGAGAUGCUGAUUGGUGCAGCUUAGUGAUUGCUGCACAUGCACAGCAGGGCCAUAACUUCUUCUCUAUGGAGGGUCUUUGGACUGGCCCACAGAUCAUCCUCGUGAUGAUCUAAAAAAAAAGUAGGAGCAACAGCCGCAGUGAGGCCUAAACUGUGAGUAAAACAUAUAAAUUUUUACUUUUACCGAGGAGGUGGGUGCCACUAAAUCUAAAUCAGGAACAAACUUUAAUGCGAGAAAUUCACCUUAAACUCCCUUUAAGUUGAAAAUAAAGGAAAUUCGAAAUAAUUAGUAAUUUUCUUUUCACAUACCAUUCAUUGUUACUUUUUCAGUUGUGGUUGAUUAGUACGUGACCCUCAUGACUGCUAAAUAGGGAAACUGGAAACUAAAUGGAUUAGCUAACUUUUACAUUUGCUUUUACUCAUAAUAUGUAUUUCUGUAAAUAAACAGUGCAUUUUUUACAUGGCUCACUUUAAAUGGCUGCAAUUAUCUUCAUAAUGGUUUAUUUGUGUUAAAAUAAUUUGUAUUACUGAGAUGUUAGAAUAGAACCCUUAUCUGAAUCUUCACAAGUAGACCUGUACAUUUUGGUUUUGGCUGAAUCAUGAUUCAUCCGAAUUUUGGGUGAUUGGCAAUACAUCUGAAAUUGAGAAGCACAAAUCAGUCAGUGGAUGUAUCACAAAACAAAUGGAACGGCCAAUGGAAAAUUUACAAAUCUCAAUUGUUACUAGCAGCCAGUGGGCAAAUAGUAAAAAAACAACAACAAGCAAACCAAAAAAAAAACAACCUUGCCAGUGGAAGGGUUAAUCAUGUGAUAGCUGGCCAUUACUUACUAGUCCGUUUCCACAUUAAAAAGUUAAUAAAUAAAAGUAAAACUAAAAACACAGCCUAUGGAGGUCAGUAGGCCAUCCACAUUACUACCCCCUCCCCGAAACCUGCCAUGACAUUUAGGUACAACAAUAUAUAUUUUUUUAAAUCUUUUUAUUGUUUUCAACAAAGGUAAGAAUUAAAGGAGGUAGAGAAGAGAAAUGGGAUGCACACAAGUAUAACAGUGAGGAUCGGUAAUCUUCUGUCACAGUAGUAUACCCCAACACGCAAGAAUAGUCCAACGAGAGACAAGCUAACAAGAUACGUCUUACUGGGCCUUAGAAUGGCCGGACUCGACGUGGACAGGAAAAGAGAGUCAAGAACAAGCCGAGGUCAAGGGAACAGAGAGACAGCGUAAACAAGAACUAUCCAAGGACUGGUACACAGCAGUUAAGAAACCGGCGAACAAGAGAAAAACUGAGUCAGGUACAAAGCCAAGGUCAAGCAUGAAAAAACCACUACUUCAUGAAUCAAGCACUAAAGGGAACUGAAUCAGAAACCACGAUAGGGCAGGGAGCUAAGGGAAAGGUGAGUAUAAAUACCUAUUAGUUUAAUUUGAUUGGCCCCUGUCAUAUCCACGCCCCCAAAACGUGAGUGUAUGGGGCAUGUGGAAUGACAAGGGCUAAUGGGAGACCUUUUUUUAUUUUUGGCUCCCACUGUCCCGUUAAAAGCGCGCCGGAUACGUGCGGCGCGCUCCCAGUGCCAGGCGAGUCUCGUGGCUGCUUCUCGCGGUCAGUGCACGUCUUCCUGAUCUCCCCAUCGGACAAGCCGCGUGCCGCAGGACCAUGUGCGGCGGGGAAAGAGGACCUCGUCCGGCCCCUGGAGAGGGUAAGUACCGCUGCACAUUCCAUACGACGGUUAAACUUUACAUUGCAUUCCGUAUUACCGUGUCGUGGUACCAGUGUUGCGCUUGUGGUAUAUGGUUCUGGGUAGGUGUGCCGGAAUAGUUAGGUAUUAGGGAAAGGUGGGGGGUGGGGUGUCCUGCUACAUUCCGAAUCACUUAGAGUUCAGCGGGGUCAUUAAGUCAUGUCUCGUGGCUAUGUACCGUAUUCUUAGGUUCCCUACAGGUGGGUGACCUAGGGUGAUAUUCCCUAUGUGGGGGUUUUCCAGAAUUUGAGCCAUGGGUCCCAGGUUUUGAGAUAUCUGUCCCUCUUCCCCAGAGUUGACCAAUGUAUCUCUUCCAGUUCCCUUAUCCUUUCCACCCAUUGUUCCCUAGAUGGUAUGUUGAUUUGUCGCCAGAACAUUGGGAUCAGGGCAUUGGCUUCCCCUACGAGUAUGUUCAGGAGUUGCUGUUUGGAUGUUUCUUGGAAUGAUCGGGGCCAUCCCAAUAGCACCUGGGAAGGGGAUAGCUGUGAUUUCAGAAGCAUUAUGUUUGCAAUGUCUGCUAAUUUUGUGUCCAGUAUGUUCCUACAUCCCCACCAGAUGUGCUUCACCGCAUCUCCAGCAUGUGUCGCUGACUGUGGGCCAGUAAGAGUGAAGCUGUUCUGGUGUUCUAUACCAUCUAGUGGCCCUCUUGUAGAAGGUCUCUUUGCGAGCUAUGCUCAUCUGGGUUUUAAUCUCUGAGAUCAUAAUGUGUGACCAUUCCUCGUUGGUCAUGUGAAUGCGGAGUCCUCUCAUCCAUUUGCGUUGCAAUGGAGGUCUGGGUUUAUCUCCCGUUUCCGGGAGAAUGCGGUAUAUGGCCGACAAGGGUCGUCUGGUUUUGUUUCCCUUUGUUCCACAGCAGUUCAAAUGGUGUUUUGUCUCUUGUGCGCCAGACCGGGAAAACCGAAUGGGUCAGAAAGUUGGUCAGUUGUGCCCUACUCAUAAUGUCUAGGAGCGUCUCCUGUCUAUUAAUUUUGGGGAAGGCUUUUAAUUUGGGUGGGAUGUCCUCCGUUGUGAUUUCCGCAAUGGUAGGAUUGGGGGUUCCAAACAUUUGGGCCAGUAUGGUGUUACCUUGUCUAUUUUGGAAGUCUGCGUUAUCUGCUAUUGGGAAGUACGGAGAUAGUCCUGAGGACAAUCCCCACUCCUCCCUGUGCCUUCUCCAGAUUUGAAGUAUGUUGUGUAUGAAUGGGUGGUGUGUGGGGGAUAGUUUUUUAAGUUGGCAUGUCUGCCAGGGUAGUGUGUGGAGGGGCACUGUUGCGAAGUUCUGUUCCAGCUCAUACCAGAACUUUUUCUUAACCGAAUCUGUCCAUUCCUUGAUGCAUGUAAGUAGAACCGUGACAUAGUACUUGUAUAAGCGGGGGAGUCCCAGCCCCCCCCAUCCCAGGUGUGGAUGUUAAAGUGGAAUAAGCUAAUCUCGCAGGUUUGUGUCCCCAUGUGUAGUUCAUAAGUAUGGAUCUCAUGCUUUCGAAGAAUUCUCCCGGGAGAGGGACAGAUAGGGCUUGAAAUAAGUACAGCACCUUUGGUAGGACCAUCAUCUUUAUUAUAUUAACUUGGCCCAUAAGGGAGAAAUGGGGUAGGUCCCAUUUUUUGAGAUCCUGACUAAUGUUGUCUGCGAGGAGUGGGUAGUUCUGUGUGUAUAAGCCUUUGGGUGUGGAGGUUAGGCGAAUCCCUAGGUAUGUUAGCCCUGUUUUUGUCCAAGUGCAUUCGUGGAGCUGUCGGAUGCGGGUCUGUAAUGUGGGGGGAAUGGAGAUCCCAGGAUCUUGCAUUUUUCAGUGUUAAUUUUGAAGUUUGAUAAGGCCCCAAAUGUCUCUCUAUUUCUGCCUGUACGUGAGGGAGUGUGUGGAGUGGGUCUGUGAUGGUGAAGAGAACGUCGUUCCGCGAAUGCGGAGACUCUCACCUCACUCCAAGGGUGUUGAUAGCCUCUGAUUUUAGGAUUGCUUCGGACAGCUGUCAGAAAUGGCUCUUCUGCCAGGACAAAUAAGAGGGGUGAUAAUGGGCAACCUUGCCGAGUUCCAUUGCUUAUUUGAAAGGGGGCAGAUAAGUGGCCGUUUACUCGAACGGUGGCUGUAGGUCCCCUAUACAGUGUGUGUAUCCAAUUCCUGAGUUUCGGGACGUUUCCUAGACCUUCUAACACUCUAAAUAGAUUGGUCCAAUCCACCCUAUUGAAGGCUUUUUCUGCAUCUAUGCCCAGCAGUAAUGUCUGUGUUUUAGUUGUGUUCGCUCUAUGUAUGAUAUUUAUUAUUCUCGUAGUAUUGUCCCUGGCCUCGCGGCCAGGCACAAAGCCUGCCUGGUCAGGCUGGAUCAGAUCUGGCAAUAGGGGUUUAAUGUGAUUGGCGAUUAGUUUGGCUAUUAAUUUUAGGUCUAGAUUGAUAAGGGAUAUGGGCCUAUAGCUGCCACACGCCUCAGGGUCCUUCCCCGAUUUGGAAAUAAUGGUAAUUGAUGCUCGCAGCAUUGGGGGAGGUAAGGGGGAGUCCUGUCCCAACCCGUUUACCAUACUAAGGAAGUGUGGUUCCAAUUCCCCUGCUGGUGUCUGAUAGUACCUUGCUGUUAGUCCGUCUGGGCCAGGGAUUUUGCCUUUUGGCAUUGUUUUAAUAGCUAAGGUGAGCUCCCCAGGGGAGACUGGCUCAUCCAUUGCAUGUGCGGAUUCGUCCGUGAUCUUGGAGGGGAGGUUGGCAGUCAGGUAUUCUUGUAUGUUGAGGGGGGUUCCCUCAGGGGGUGGGAGAUUAUAGAGAGUAUGGUAGAAUUCUCGGAACGCUUCGGCUAUAUCAUUAGUGGUAUUACAGUGUUUCCCCUUUCUGUCUUUUAUUCUGGCUAUAAAGGAUUUUUGAAGUUUGGCUUUCAGUGCACGUGCUAGCAGUUUCCCGCUCUUAUUACCAUGUGUGUUAAAAGAGCUUCUCGUCAAUUGGGCCGAUCUAUGUGCUUUUAGGGACAGAAAGGAUCGGAGCUCGAUUCUUUUUUUGAAAUUUUUUUUGAAAUUUUCUUGGGUGGGAUUCUGUUUGUGUAGUAUUUCCUGCUCAUGAAUGGCGUCAGAUAAGGUGACCUGUUUGUGUGAUCGUUCUUUCUAAAUUCUAGAGCCCCAUUUUAUCAGGAUUCCUCUAAUUACCCCUUUUGUGUGCUUGCCAGACCCACGGGUCUGAGAUGUCUGCUGUGGCAUUAUCUAUGAAGUAGUUGCGUAUGGUCAUCGUCAGGUUCUCAACCACUCUAGGAUCGUCCAGAAGGGUCUCAUUAAGUCGCCAGUGGGCACUAAGAUUGAUGGUGCCUUGUAGUGUUAUGGUCAAAAAUAUUGGGUCGUGAUCAGACCAUGUGAUGUUGCCAAUGGAUGUGUCUUUUAGCAUUGAGAGAUGUCUAUGGCUCAGGAGUAACAUGUCAAUUCUAGAGUAGCUUUUUGCAACUGGGGAAUAGUAGGUAUAAUCCCUGUCUUAUGGAUGUGUUAGACGCCAGCAGUCUAUGAGCUGGUGGGAGUAUAGUGCGUUCGCCAGCAAGGUACGCGUCUAGUGUCUGUGGUGUGAAAAGAACUGUCUGUCGAGUGGUCGAGUACCAUGUUCCAGUCCCCACCUACAAUCACCAUCCCCUCAGCAAAGCUCUCCAAUUUAUUCAGGCACGACCGAGCAAAGGAUCCUUGAUCUGAGUUCGGUGCAUAUAUGUUGGCGAGUGUAAUUAGUGAGCCUUGACAUUUCCCCUUAACAAAUAUAAACCUUCCCCCUGGGUCUGUUUUAAUACUGGCAUCCGUGAGGGCCGCCUUCGAGGUUAUUAAUAUUGCUACUCCUCUGGAUUUGCUCCUACUGUAAUUGCUGUAAUAUGUUUGUUGGAUAUGCUCAGACCUGAGCUUUAACUGGAAGUCGCCCCUGUAGUGCGUUUCUUGGAUAUAUAUGAUGUCUGCUCUCUGUCUAUCAAUCUCCUGUGCCAGUAUAUUGCGUUUUUUCUGGGGUGUUGAGGCCCUGCACGUUUAGGGACAUUAUUUUAACGUGUGCCAUCUGAGUAUGGUUGUUUUUUUUGAUGCUGAAGAGAAUGGUACUGCUGCAGGACUGUGCAGGCAAUAACUGGGGGGGGGGGGAUGGGAACAGGGGCAAACAAAAACUAUAUACAAGGGCAUCAUAUUGGCAGUGAGUUGGCGCUGCACUUGUGGGAGAUUCAUUCGUGUCCCCAAGUAGUUUACCAAGCACCUCUCUGAGGGGGGGAAUGGAGGUCGUUCUGCUAUGACAGGACAUAAACGGGUUACUUUAAUGAAUGGAUAGCGGGACUGCAGGAUCCUUAACGGAAUACCCCUGUAGUGGGGCCUAUCACAGUGUCCCGUUGGUUGAACCCGGUUCCGGGUUGCCUUAAGACCAAUUAAUUCGAAUUAAGGGUUAGUACGUCUAAAUGUGACGGGCUGUGGAAGCCUGGUUGGCAUAAGUUCAUAGACAUUAUGUUUGGCAAUGACAACAUGAAUAAAAGGAAACUAAACAUGGUAAAAUGUGGUUAAGAUAGUAUAAGCAUUAUGUGUCCUCAGUAUGUGGCUUCUUUAAGACCAAUUAGUCUGAACCAAGGGUUUGUACUUUCGAAAUGUAUGGGCCGUGGGAGCCCAGUUAGCAUAAGUUCAUAGACAUUAUGUUUGGCAAUGACAACAUGAGCAAACUGAAACUAAAUACGUUAAAGUUUGGCUAAGAAAAGAAAAAAAACAUAAGCAUUAUGUUAUAUGAGGUAAUUGAGGUAAAGGAUAUAAGUGGACUUCAAGGGCAGUACUCAGGCCACCUUGUCUCUAGGCGUAUUGGGGGUAUCCGUCCCAGCCUGGGUUUGCCGUCUGCGUUUCCUCGGUGUUCUUUGCCAUCUGGGUCUUUGCUGCUUCGGUGCGGACGUGCAGCUCGCUAGGCCAGUCCUCCACUUCAGUGUGGGGUAGGCCCAAGGCCUCUUGGAAUUCCGGAACGUCCGCCGGAGUGGUGAUAGUGUGUGUUCCGUUGUGGGUUGUCACUGUGAGGGCAAACGGAAAGUUCCAACGAAAUUUGAUCUGUUUCUCCAUUAGUGCAGAGGUGAUGGGCUUCAGUGCUCGUCUGGCCUGUAGUGUGGAGGGUGAGAGAUCCUGGUAGACGGCCACUGGGUGACCUUCAAGCUUUAGGUCUCUGUUUUGCCGUGCCUUGCAAAAUCUUUCCUCUUUCAAGGGGAAAUUAUGGAGGCGGCAAAUGAGGUCGCGGGGUCUGUCAGGCGGAGGUUCCUAGGUUCCUAGGCCGUGCUGCUCUGUGCGCCCUGUCAAAUUGUCUCGGGGAGUCUGGCGAGAAUUAAAUUAAAGAGGGUAGUCAGUACCUGAAUAGGGUUCUCUGCAGUACCGUCCGGGCUUUCAGUUACUCCUCUGGAUUUGCUCCUACCGUAAUUGCUGUAAUAUGUUUGUUGGAUAUGCUCAGACCUGAGCUUUGACUGGAAGUCGCCCCUGUAGUGCGUUUCUUGGAUAUAUAUGAUGUCGGCUCUCUGUCUAUCAAUCCGUCGACCCCUGUUGUCAACGUCGUCUAGUUUCCUUUGGAGGUACAGUUUUGCAUCUGCAUGUAGAUUCUGUGUGGUGUGGAAUUCUGACCACAAUCGUUCAGUAGUUUCUUCUGUGUCUUCCUGGGCCUGGACUCUCGCUCCCAGGUGUUGGACAUCUCAAUCACUGCCUGCAGCUUUUCACUGAAAGUGUUUUCCAGUCUCUGGAACAUAUCAACGAGAUCCUUCGUCGAGGGCAGUUGUGUGAGUAUCGUUCUCAUGUCAGUGUCCUCAACUGAGCCCUCUGAUGCUGACUGGCUCCCUCGUGUGUUAGUUGCGGGCGCCAUUUUAUCCUGCUGCUGUGGUUCAGAUUGCUCUGUAAAAAAUCUCCUCAAGGAGGAUUUUGUGGGCGGAUUGACAGUUGCUGGGGUGUUACCUGUGGUGUUGCGCUGCUUCUUAGUUGUCAUUGCUUGAAAUUAUUGCCGGGUUUUGCUGAUUUUCCCCUGUCAUGCACGGAGCUCAGCAAUUAUGCUGUCGGUCUCAUCAGAGUUCUGGCCACGCCCCCCCAGGGACAACAAUUUAGUAAAAAGAAAGGACAUGCAACACCAUAUUGUCCACCCCAGUCUACUUUCUUUCCUCACAGUAAUAGUAGUUAUCCCAGGCUUUAAAAUCUCAGCCAGAGCACUCUGGUUGGUUUGGAAGCCAACCAACCAAAUAAUUCUAGGAGGCAAGUCUCGCUUCUUUUGAGACUUGCUUGGGAAUAUUCCACAUGGAUAAAAUUCAGUUUGUCUAAAUGAAUUUGGACGAACCAAAUGUUUUGUCAUGCACAAGUCUAAUCAUUAGUGCUUUUGUAAGAAUGUAAUUUAGUUAAAAUUUACUUUUAUAAGCUAAUAACCAGUUCUACGUGUAAAUUUUUAAAAUUAGAUGGAAGGAUAGUAGAUUAGUCCUUGCUUCUUAGUGGAGAUACUCCUUUUGUAAAUAUGCUCCAAAUUUAUUAAUGGUAAACGAGUAUCAACCACCAUAAAAAUAAGACGCGAUCAUAACAGACCAGGACAAUUUUAGAUAGACAUCAGAACGAAUAUUAUUAUAUAAUUAUGAACAUUCAUAUUAUUAAUGUCUUAAUUAAUUUUUUCCAUUUUACAUUAAAGGAACACUUCAGUGUUAGGAAUACAGUCCCUAUCACUGUUCCUCUGCCCCUGUCCCCCUCAACCAUGUAAAGGUAAAGAUUCCAACGCCAAUGUCCCUUGGUGCUAGGUCAUGCUCUUCCACCUCCAUGUCAACCGAAAUGAAAUGAAUUGGUCUGGGUGCCUAUACUGUCCCUUUAAGUAAAAUUUAACACUACAACAAUGAUAUGAAUACUAUUUAAAUUUGUGCAGAAUAUCUAAUAUUGUUACUGUGAGUCUUCUUUUGAGUUUACAGUUAGCUGGGGGUUUGCUUUGUGAUGUGAUUGCAAGAUUUGUAACUACUUGUCACUAGUUCACAUGCAUAACUUUUCUCAGUAAGUUUUGAACUGUGAAAUCAUAAAGAAAAAUGGAAGCAUGACCUCAUCAACAUGUGGAACUAAUGAUCUGGUCAAAUGCCAGAGGUAAGCUGCUUCCAUUGACCCUAUGACUAAUUACAAAGCAAGCAGUACAGUUAUAUUAACAUGAUAGGCUACAUAAUAUAAAGAAACCAUUCUAUGCUAUGGCAAACAAGAUAAAGGUAGCUAAAAAUAAAAAAAAAUAUUAGACAUGAUUUUGCCUUUAUCAUUUUUGGGUAAAUUCACAUGAACUCUAGUUGUGUACCUGAUUAAUGUAUCAUAGGUGGGUGAACACAUUUUGUCUAUUGAUGGAACAACCUAAGUUUUUUUUUUUUUUCUUUCAUGAAUACUAUUUCAGAAAAGCUUUUUUUGCUCUCUAUAAGUGCAAGGCCGUAUAUGAAAGGAAUAGUCUAUAAUCACUACACAUAAAAAGCCAAGGCAAGGUUAAACCAUAUUGUUGCCACCAUGUGUCGGAUGGGAUUGCUGUAUGUAUGUGCUACAAUCAGACCUGCCCAGUAGUACGUUAGUUUACUUACUUUCUAGCACUAUAUGCUUAUCCAUUUAUAACUCAUGAGUCCUUUUGAUGGAAAUUUUCUUUGGGCAUCUAGCUGCUUAAAGAGUGGUUACAAUGUUUGGCGUUACCAAUAUAAAAAGGUUCCCAUGAAUACAGGGGUCAGUGACUAUAAGACCUUCCACUUAUUAUUCUACACUUACAUCGGUGACUUAAUGGAACAUAAAACUGUAUUCCAAAAACUAUAGUGUCCCUCUGCCUCCACAUGAAAGUGUUAAAAUGCUUUUUUUCACUUACCUGAUUCCAGCACCAUAAUCCCUUGGUGCUGAUUCAGUCUCCUCCGUCACGGAGAUGGGGAACCUAAGGUGCAUGCAUGGCGUGCGCCAAGCACGCAUUGGGGCUUCCCUAUAGGACAACAUUGAAUCAAUACUUACCUAAGGGUUUUUUUUUUCAAGACACUGGAAACUCUCAUGCAAAGAGUGAGGACAUCCAGCAUCGUUUCACGGAGUAAAGCUCCAGGAAGUGCUUCUAGUGGUUGUCUGGAGGUUAACCCUACAAUGUAAUUAUUACACUUUCUCAUAAACUGCAGUGUUUUAUGUUGCAGUGUUAAACAGACAGGGGUUCUACAACCAGACCACUUCAAUGAGAUGAAGAGGUCUGGGUGCCUAUAGUGUCUGUUUAAAAUAUAAUACAUAUAAUCCAGGACUGGACAAAUCCCAAGCACCAUGGCGACUAAGAAUUUUGUCUUGCCGCCUGGGAUUUGUCAGCCCGUUGCCUCCCCCCCUCCUUUUUUUCGAUUUCUGCAAGCUGGGAGGAUGUGAAGGGAACUGUAACUACUUCCUCCAGGCGCUAAUGCCGCAUUGGGGAAUGGAAUGCUAGCCGGAAAAAAGGUGAAGACCUCUCUGAUUGCCACCCACCCCAUUCAGCAGAGCUGUCGUGUCCCAUUCCGCAGAGCUGUCCGCACGCACCCAUUCGCCUGCACUGGUUCAGCACCAGGAGGAAGUAGUUCAGUUCACUUUACUUCCUCUCGGCACACAGAGAGCUGCAUGGGGAUACAGGGGCAGGAGGGGGAGUCUGGACGAGCGGUAGCCCACUCCAUCAGCCGCAUCCAUCCCCACUGUAGCCUGCUGCUGCCCAGUCCCACUGGACCCCAGGAAAGCCACCCUCCUACGCUCACAAGAUAGGAAACAGUAGGGUGGCUAAUAUAUAUAUAUAUAUAUAUAUAUAUAUAUAUAUAUAUAUAUAUAUAUAUAUAUAUAUAAAUUUUUUUGUGUGUAUGUAUUUGUCUGUGUGUAUCUAAGAAUCUUUGUUUGUGUGUGUUUAAUUGAGUGUAUCAAAUAAUACUUGUGAGUGUGUGAGAGAAUGUAUGUCGGUCAUAGUAUGUGUGUGUGUGUGUGUCUGUCUGUCUGAGAUACAGAUGUACAUUUGUGUGGACAUCCAGUAUAUCAGUGCGAUCCACUGUAACACUCUUUUCCACUAUCACCCAGCCCAAUAUGCCUUUACCUCUCCCUCCCCUCUCCCCCACCCCUGUUUAUUUCCUAUUUGGUGGGAUUUUUCUACCAUCAUGUGAUUUAUCCAGAUUUUUUGCCUGUUUUGUUUUGGCCAGAUUUUCAUGUUCCUCACCAUGCUACAUAUAUACUUUAUACUUGCAUUAUGUUUACUGUGUUGUUAAUUUAAUGUAUUAGUAGUCAAUUCUUAGGUAACAUGCCCACUUAAUGCCAUAUAUUUCCGUGUUUGUGAACACAGAGUUUGGUUCGACGGUUACUAUGUGUAAAUACAGCUGUGUACACUUUCUUCCCCAGUGUCCUCAACCAUUUCAAUCUGUUAUGUCUGUUUUAUUUUUCCGUUUUCUGUUUAUUAUAUUACAAGGUACCAUAACCCACCUCUCAGAAGUUUUCACCCCAGGUAUCUGUUGUAUUUUUGAUGAUCUAGCACCUUACAGUUUACAUUGUAGUACAGAGGUAGUGUGAUUUUAAUGGCCAUGUAUGAUUCAAAUAUGUGGUUUCCAAUUGUUCAAUGAUUUAUCUAAAUGAAAGAAUAUACCUUGCUUUAAAUUGUACCUUUUGCGGUCUAAUGUAAAGGUGCUGAUUCUAUUGGAGUUUCACCUGUUCCAUCUAUAAUUUAAUGGGAUCAUAAGGCACUUGCUGCUGUCGUUUGAUGAGUUUGACCUUUCAUGGAAGACAAAGGGACUUAGAUUAGAUUUUAAUGGGACUAAAACAUCCAAUUAUCACUUUAGAUGAAGGGUUUGGAGAACACACUGUAAGCCAAUUAGUCCACUUGCAUGGCUAUACAAUGAAGCUGAAACAUGUAGGAUUUCAUUCUAGUUCUAUAUCCAAAAUAAGGAUACUCAGCGCCAUUAGUAAUUGAGCAUUUUACCUAAUGGGUAAACUCACAUUGGACCAAAUUAAACAGAUGACACAGAAGUGUGAAACUCAAAAAGUAGAUGGCGCGUUUAUUGACUUAUUAUUCUUGUCUAACAGUGGGAUAGAAAAAAUAUGUAAGCUUACAAAAAGUCAGAUUUACAUUAAUAUUAGAAGGAUCAAAGUCCAUAUCCUCUAUAAGGUAAUAUUUCAAACUUGUAUAAGAACAAACGCCAUAAAUGUUGCCCGGUGUCAAUACUAGCCAAUAAAAGGGACGGAAUUAAGCCAUAUCUGAAGAAAUGUUUUGCUGUGCAAGUUGCAGACUAAUCCUAGAGUGGGGAUGGCAAAUGGGACUUUCAUUGAAAUAUAUGAUUUUGCAUUUUUUUUUUGUGUGAAAAUAAAUAAAGCCCCUGUAUACAAGGGUUUGUGGAAAAAAAAUGGGUAGUAAAUAGACCGAACAUAUUUUUUUUUUUUUUGCAUAUUGUCUCUACUAAUUCAUAUUGUAAACGGACAAAUUUACAGGAUAAUCCACCUCAAACUGGGUAAAUAGGUAAACCAUAACAUUCUUAUUUACAGGUGAUACUCGAAAAAUUAGAAUAUUGUGCAAAAGUUCAUUUAUUUCAGUAAUGCAACGUAAAAGGGGAAACUAAUAUAUGAGAUAAGCGCAUUACAUGCAAAGCAAGAUAGUUCUUUUUUUUUAUUAUAAUUUUAUUGAAAAUUUUUUGUAUAUCAUAAGUAAUCAGCAAGUAACAAUAACAAGAAGUAUUCUAUUGAUAUGAUAUAAUCAAGCAUUUAGUACAAAAUCUUAUUUAUAUAAAAGAAAUCGAAUAGACAAAGAAAAAACAAAAACAUAAACAUGAACAAGACAACUAAAAUAUACCGCCACCUAUACAGAGCAGGAGAACUUUCUUACUAAUAUAUCAAAGAUACAAGGAUUAGUUACCAUGUAACAGUACAAAAAAGUACAGUUACAGAAACAAAAAGGAGCUAAUUGAGACCUUAAGACCAUAGUUGUUAUUGUAUAUUUUUUCUUGCUUUACCUUUUCUUUCGUUCCCUUAUCUUUCCUUUUCCUAUCCUUUUCUUUGCCCUUCUCUUAUCCAUUUUUCCCCCUUAUUGUAUAAAUGUAAAUGAGCAACACGGACCAUAAUUUUGUUACCAUUAAAUAUGGGAAAGUUUAUGAAGCCAGUUGGAAUACCAUAUAGUUUUUUUUUUUUUUUUUUUUUAAAACAGUGUUAUUAGUUAUAAUCUCUUUUUCCAUUGUUAACUGAAAUAUAAUUUGAUCAAUCAAACGGGAUUUCUGAGAAAAAUUCGAGGACUUCCAAUGUCUGGCUAUAUUGAUUUUGUUCGCAACAAAACAAUGUAUAGCAAAACAGAUAUGUUCAUGCGACUUUAAUUGCCAAUUCAAAUGUAAAAGGGCGGUGACCGGAUUAUGAUUAAGUCUAAUACAUAUAACUGCAUAAAUGGUAUUAAAUGCCCAUAUCCACAAUGGUUUAACCAAUGGGCAGUCCCACCAUAUAUGGAUAUAUGUGGCCAGACACGAGCCACAUCUCCAGCAAGUGGAAUCGUAUGAUUCAUACAUUUUUUUUCAAUCUUGUUGGAGUGAAAUACCAUCUGUGAACUACCUUAAAAUGACACUCCGUCAAAGUUAGACAAUGUAUAUAUUUAUUUACAUUUAUUAGAGAGGCUAGCCAGUCAUUAAAGGGAAUCACCAAAUUUAAUUCCUUCUCCCAGAUGUUAAUCAGUUUAUGGGGUAUUAUCUUAGUUUCAUCAAGCAAAAAGUUAGCAACAGAAGUAACCUUAGAAAGCGUUCGAUAACAGAAUAGAGCUUCCAAUUUCUUAGCGAAUGGAAAAGAAGUUGGAAUAACACAUUUCUGUAUGAAAUGUUUGAUACGAAGAUAAGUAAAUAUCUCUCUAGGAGAAAUAUAUAUAUUCUCAACAAUCUGUUGGAAAGACAGAAUAUUAUCUCCUUGCAUAAGGUCUGAAAUACUUAGAGAGUCCAUAUUACCCCAAGAGGUCAAUGAGAAAUCCUCUGUUAUACCCUCCAAAAUAUUAAGACUACAAGAUCUUGGUAUUAGUUGUACAAUAUUAAAAAUUUUCUUAAUUUCUGCCCAAUCCUCUAGAGUUUGAAACAACGUGGAAGGAAACCAAAUAUUUGGCUCUUUCAAAAUCUCUUUAAUAUUCAUCAACAUACGAUGAUAUAAUCUAGAAGAGUGGGCAGCUUCCUACUCUAAUAUAAACCAUGGCUCCCUGCGAACCUGUGGAUCUUGAAGAAUGUAAAUAUGACGAAUAAUAUUUGCAAAAUACGUAUAUAUAAUACUAGGAAAGCUAAGACCACCAUUUAAUUUAAAAGCAAGAUAGUUCAAACUGUGAAUUGUCAUAAGUGCGACGAUUACAACUCAUAAAAACCCCAAAUCCACAAUCUCAGUAAAUUAGAAUAUUGUGAAAAGGUUCAAUAUUCUAGGCUCACAGUAUCCCACUCCAAUCAGCCAAGUAAGCCAUAACACCUGCAAAGGGUUUCUGAGCCUUUAAAUGGUGUCUCAGUCUGGUUCAGUAUGAAUCACUAUCAUAGGUAAGACUGCUGACCUGACAGUUGUGCAGAAAACCAUCAUUGACACCCUCCAUAAGGAGGGAAAGCCUCAAAAGGUAAUUGCGAAGGAAGGUGGAUGUUCCCAAAGUGCUGUAUCACAGCACAUUAAUAGAAAGUUAUGUGGAAGGGAAAAGUGUGGAAGAAAAAGGUGCACAAGCAGCAGGGAUGGCCGCAGCCUGGAGAGGUUUGUCAGGAAAAGGCCAUUCAAAAGUGUUGGGGACUUUCAAAAGGAGUGGACUGAGGCUGGAGUCAGUGCAUCAAGAGCCACCACACACAGAAGGAUCCUGGACAUGGGCUUCCUCUUGUCAAGCCACUCCUGAACAACAAACAACAUCAAAAGCGUCUUACCUGGGCUAAAGAAAAACAGACCUGGUCUGUUGCUCAGUGGUCCAAAGUCCUCUUUUCUGAUGAGUGCAACUUUUGCAUCUCAUUUGGAAACCAAGGACCCUGAGUCUGGAGGAAGAAUGGAGAGGCACACACUGCAAGAUGCUUGAAGUCCAGUGUGAAGUUUUUCACAGUCUGUGUUGAUUUUGAGGAGCCAUGUCAGCUGCUGGUGUUGGUCCACUGUGCUUCACUAAGUCCAGAGUCAACGCAGCCAUCUACCAGGAGAUUUUGGAGCACUUCAUGCUUCCUUCCGCAGACAAUCUUUAUGGUGAUGCUGACUUCAUUUUUCAGCAGGAAAAAUGGCACCUGACCACACUGCCAAAAGCACCAAAGCCUGGUUCAGUGACUGUGGGAUUACUGUGCCUGAUCUGUGGGGCAUUGCCAAGAGAAAGAUGAGAGACAUGAAACAAUGCAGAAGAGCUGAAGGCUGCUAUUGAAGCAUCCUGGUCUUCCAUAACACCUUAGCAGUGCCACAGGCUGAUAGCUUCCAUGCCACGCCGCAGGCAGUAAUUGCUGCAAAAGGGGCCCAAACCAAGUACUGAGUCCAUAUGCAUGCUUAUACUUUUCAGAGGUCCAAUACUGUUCUAUGUACACUCCUUGUUUUAUUGAUUGCAUGUAAUAGUCUAAUUUACUGAGAUUGUGGAUUUGGGGUUUUCAUGAGCUGUAAGCCAUAAUCAUCGCACUUAUGACAAAUCACGGCUUGAACUAUCUUGCUUUACAUGUAAUGCGUCUAUCUCAAAUAUUAGUUUCCCCUUUUACGUUGCAUUACUGAAAUAAAUUAACUUUUGCACGAUAUUCUAAUUUUUCGAGUAUCACCUGUAAUACUCUGUUUCACAGGAGAUACUUGUAUGUAUAAUGGUACUCCAGUAAAUUUAAGAGGCCUACUAUGAAUUUCCUUAUAAUAUAUUACAUUUACAGAAAAUACAGUAUAUUAUGUUUUUCGUUGUUUUCCAUUAUUUGAUGUACUUAAGCAGUGGAUUGAUACAUGAAUUUCAAGAUAUAGGCUAUAAACAUUCAUCUGUGGCUUUAGAGUUGGAGAUUUCUUUCCAAAUAAGCACCUUUACCCCAACUUUGCAAUUUAGUUUUCAUUUUAGUACAAUUUUUUUUUCAGAAAAUAUUUAAAGAUCUAUUUUAUUUGCAAUAACAAUGUAGACUUGGAGAAAAGCAUUCAUUUAUCAGGUCACGUAGUAUUGAAAGCUAGCUUAGAAAAAUACCAAUGUACAAAUUAAUAGUGCUCUUGGAUGCAGAAUGCAUUGAACCUGUUUUGAAAUUAUAAAUUUUAGCAGUGAGUUUACAGAAAAGGUUACGCAUUGUACAAUGUGUCUUAUUCACUUUAAACCAUACAACUUCUGUAGUAAAUAUACAGAAAGCAUAAUAUCUAACAUUUAAACAAUAUAUCUUUGAAAAACGCAACAGCUAACAUAAAGUUAUGGAGUAUUUAUUAAAGGGACACUAUAGUCACCAGAAUGUAGUGGUUAUGGUGUCUAUAGUAAGUCCUUACAGACUGAGCUCUGUGAGCACAUUGUGUUUACAUUGCUGCCUAAUAACCAUUAUAGCAGAAGUCACUCAGACAGCCAAAAGAGGUGCUUCCCUAUGUUUAGCGAUGCUAAAUGCACCCCAUAGAGAUGCAUUGGUUCAUUGCAUCUCUAUGUAGAAUUGCUGAUUGGUGCAGUGCUAUGUUUGGCUUAGGAGAGCAUUGGAUUGGAUGAGAUCAUCAAAAGUGAUAGUCUCAGCCAUGGAGAGCCUGGAGGAGAAAAAAGGUUAGGUUAAACCAGAGCUCAACUAAUCCCAGAAGCUAGGUCAGUCUUUGUCUGUCUGUAACUUUGUGAGAGAGUGUGUGUGUGUGUGUGUGUGUGUGUGUCCGUCCGUCAGUGUUUGUCUGUGACUGUGUGAGAGAGUGUGUGUGUCUGCCAGGGUGUGUGGGUCUGCCUAUAAGUGUGUGCGUUUAGGUCACCAGCCCUCUCUGAUCGCAUGGGAAUGGUGUUCUUACCUUGUUCCCCAAUGCUAUGCAGGUCAUGCUGCAGUUGGCCAGCCUCUAUAGCUGAGAUUAUCAAUUACCAGUCAGCAUCUCCUCAUAGAGAUGCAAUAAAUUAAUGCAUCUCUAUGUGUAACGUUCAGCACCUCCAUGCAUAGUGCAGCACUGAGAUAGGAGACCCUUUAGUGGCCGUUUGAGUGACCGCCACUAGAGGUGCUACUAGGCAGCAAUGUAAACACUGCCUUUUCCAUGAAAAGGCAGAGUUUACUUUGAAAAGCCUGCAGGGACAAUCUAUAGACACCAGACCACUACAUUAAUCUGUAGUAGUUCUGGCGAUUAUAGUGUCCAUUUAAGAAUUUAAGAUCCUAACUUUUUUAGCUGCUCCUAUAUUGAAAGCAAAUUUGUCAAGCCCUGGGUUAAACACCUUAUUACUGUGGGGCCGAAGACCUGCAUGUUUCAUUCCUGACUCUAUAGUGUUCCUCCCACAGUCUUCUUCACGUCUGCUAUGGAGAUAGCCUAGCAACCACAGUGCAUACGCUGUAUUUGCUAUGCAUGAAGAACCUGUGGGAGGUGUCUUCUGCUCUUUAUUCUCAGUCAAUUUUUGACAAAGAGCCUAUGCUGAAGAAAUGAUUGACGUGUGGAACACAUACCUUUAUCCAAAUCUGCUGACACAAUGUAUCGAUAGAAUUUAAUGUUCUUUAAAUAAAGUAUAGGUUGUACUACUUGACUUGUAAUGUAAUGUUGUAUUAUGUUACUGACUCUCUAUCUACUAGAGUAGAGUACUCCGGUCACAAGCAUGAUGGGAUUGCUUGGUGAUAUCAAUGGGAGUGGUUUUGUUUUGUUUUUUUUAGACCAACUUCAUCUGCCCCUGUGCAAUCCUGAUGAACAUGCUUGCCUCCUUACCUGUAUCAUGUUAUGGCGUUCAAUCCUUAAAGGGACACUAUAGGCACCAAAUCAACUUUGGCUUAAUGAAGCAGUUUGACCAAUGACAAUUGUUCCUGUGUCAUUGUGUAAUUGUCUCAUUUAUUGUAAAAUUUCCCUCCUUCCUAAUAUUGUAAAGCACUGCGGAAUUAGUUGGCGCUAUAUAAAUACCAAUAAUAAUACACCAACAUAGCUUCCAUGAACAUGUUGUAUAGAAUUUGUAGUUGUACAAUGUGGUGUGCUAGUCACAUGCCAGACAUGGACCUAAAGUGGUUUCAUCUAAUAAUGCUAAUGAUUAUAGCACCUAUUUAAAAUACACUAUAUGUGUAUUACUGUCUUUUUGGUGUAUAGCCUCCCUGUUAAUUUAUCCAUCGUAAUUUGUGGCAGUUUGAGCUUAAUUAGGUAUCCUUAGAGUGUGCAGUUGGCACAGAUGAAGAAUGUGCCAAACAAGAGAGCCCUGCUGGUGGAACAACUAAAAGAUCUGUCCGUCUGUUUAUCUAUCUGACUCUGGCUUUCAUUUAAUAAGCUUUCCAAACAAGUCAAUACUGUUAGAAAAACUUCCCAGAUUCUGUAUCUACUAAAAAAUCCUAUAGAUUGUAAUGGUGAAUUCUGUAGAUAUAUAAUCUGGAAGGUUUUUGACACUUAGGAGGAAUGGUAUCCUCUCCUAAUUGAGUGGGAUGGGGGUGGCACUACUAUAAGUGUCAAUGUGGCAUGUCAUCCAAUAUUUAUAGGAAGGAGGAAGUGGGUAUAUUUUACCCACACUCCACCAAGCAUUAGAUACAGCAGGGCUUGACAAAUUUGCUUGGAAUCUUUGAGCCAGAGACAUCAACGCCAAAAAUACAAUUCUUAAAGGGACACUAUAAUCACCAGAACCACUACAGCUUAAAGUAGUUGUUCUGAAGUCUUUAUCCUCUCCCUGAACACUUUCCAAUUUAAAAACUGACUUUUGAGACAAAAGGACAUGUUUACAUUGCUGCCCGAUGACACCUCUAUCGACCGUCACUCAGGCGGCCUCUAGAGGUGCUUCCUGGGUCACUGCUUCACACUGUGCAGCACCUACAUUAAUGCUCCCUAUAAGGAUCCAUGAUUAAAUACAUCUCUAUGUGAAGUUAAAUUGGUGUAGUGGCAUUUUGCUGUACAUGCACAAUUGUCUUCCAAUGCUUUCCUAUGGGGAAGCAUUGGAUUGACUGAGAUCGUCAAGAUUGAUAAUCUCAGCCAUGGAGGUGGGGCCAGCCGCGAUGUAACCGGCAUGGUAAAGGUGAGUAAAAACCUUUCCCAUGUGAUUGGAGGGAACACACACACACACAGACACUCAGUCACAAAUAAUUACUUUUUAUUUUAUUUUAAUUUAAAUCCACGCUUGAGUGGAUAGCUUUCCCUGGAGUCCAGUGGGGCUGCUGUCAUCUUCCUGCUCAUCUCACUCUCGUGCACUGUUAAGUGAGCCUGGGGCUGGAGUGACGUCAUAACCCAGCUCUCGGCAUCACUGUUUCUAACAAAGUGGUCUUUUGCAGUUUAGAACGUAUAAACAUCUUCCAAGUAUUCGCCCCAAAAAUGCAAUAAAUUACCCUCACUUUUUAAAAAUAAAUUCUAAAAAUGAUCAGCUUAGUGAAUUACCUUACAUUUGUGUUGCACUAAGCUAUUUUUUAAUUACUAACCAUCUACUUGUAAAGAUGCACUUUAAGUAUAUGUUUGUGUAAAAAUAACGAUAUACCUGUUGUAAUAACAGCAGUGUUCUAAGUCAGCACAUAAUGACUUGUCUCCAUGGAGUAUGUAUUAUUUGUCUUCUACUGCUACCUCAUGAAGCAACAGAGACAUAUGGUGAUCUCCACAGAGUAUAAUUAGCACUUCAAAAUACACAUUGCAAUGCUGGCCUGGUUAAAAUACAAUGCCAAGGGUGAGUUUAUUGAUAGUGGUUUGUUAAAGGACAACUGUCAGCAACUGUAAGGAUUUUUAACCCCUUAAGGACCAAACUUCUGGAAUAAAAGGGAAUCGUGACAUGUCACACAUGUCAUGUGUCCUUAAGGGGUUACAGUGUAUUACUGUUAAGAAACUUCAUUUUUUAUUUUGCUUAUUAAAUCUUGGAAAUUUUAUUUUUAUUGAGGUGCAACAGAAUUAGAAAGUUUAGACGGUAAUGUUGGCUGACUUGGCUUAUUUGUUGGGCUGUAACAAAUCCCAAAGAUGUUUAAUAGGGUUGAAGUGUUAAAACCUGGUCUGUUUAUUCAUUCACAUUCUUCUACACUAGAUUCAACAAAACUUUUCUGUAUGUGUCUUGUUUUGUACAUAGAACUUUGUCAUGUGAGACAGUAAAUGGCCUUGCCAUUGUGUUUGCCAAAAACACAUUCUUUUUUUCUAGAAUAUUAUUGUAGAUUGUAGAUUUUUGUUAACAAGAAAUAAUGGGUCUAAUGUGAAAUUGAAAAACAGUCCCAUACUGUUAUUCCUCUAUCUAAUUUUACAGCUAACACUAUGCUGGAAUGUAGUAUUUUUUUUAACCGACGAUGAACACUGUCAUCUGUUACACUGUCAUAGUAAACUGUGAUGCAUGAUUCUUAAGAUUUACAUUUACCAUAACUGCAACUUUGACCUCCUUUUGACCAAAUUGUGUGCACUCCUUCGCUUAGUAGUGACAUCAGUGCCCCCAAGCUUCUGGUUACCUUAGUAAACGAAGUUCUGGAUUGUGAAAAAGUGACAACUUUCCAAAACAGAACUAUACAGAAUUUACAAAGUGUGUGUUAAAAAAAAAAAAAAUAUAUAUAUAUAUAUAUAUAGGGUUAUGGUGGGGAAAAAAUUGUGAUUGAAAACCCCUUCCACUUGAAGUCUGUGGAUAGUUAAUACAAUGUUAAGCAAACAUCUGCACACCAGUCAAGUCAUAAGACUUGCCUUUCCCACAGAAAUCACAAAUUUGCAGUGAUCUUACUACCGCAAAGGAUUCUGGGUGGGCAAUGGCAUAUGCAAAUUAGUUUAACAAAGAAUUUGCCUCUUUUCCAAGUUUCAAAGCUGUUGUAUACAGCAAACACAUACUCAAAGGAAUCCAUGUUAAAAAUGGAAUGAGGCAAUAAUUUGAUUCUUUAUUAAACUAAUUUGCAUAUGCCCACCCAGAAUCCUCUGCAGUAGUAACAUCACUGCAAAUUUGUGAUUUCUGUGGGAAAACCAAGUCUUAUGGCUUGACUGGCAUGUAGAUUUUAGUUUAACACUGUGUGUGUGUGUGUGUGUGUGUGUGUGUGUAUAUGUGUGUGUGUAUAUAUAUAUAUAUAUAUAUAUAUAUAUAUAUAUAUAUAUAACGGCGCAAAGUCACUUCUGGCAGCUAGGCCACUCUGCCGCUAGUGGGAGUCGGCUGAAUUUUCUUGAGGGGUUACCUACAUACAUUAAUACAUUCAGCAGCAGCACCAGUUCUAUCUUCCUUGACACAUACCAAGCAACCUGCAAAGUUCUUUUUCUUGUCUUUUUUUUUUUUUUAAAUAUCAGACACAUAAACCUAUUAUUUCUGUGGUAUAGUGCAGUAUGGCUACUUUAGAUCCCUGAGGAUUUCUGUAGUGUGCCCAGCAUGACUCAUCAGAUUGAUCUAUACAGUUUUCAGUUUAAGCCUAGCAUAUACAUUUCUAGCACUAUGAUUCUGUUUACUCAUGAUCGCAUAAUCUAUAUAACGUCUUGUUCUUUUACAAGCACUGACUUUGUUAUAUACUUAUUUUACUUUAAACAUUGUGCACAAUAUUCUCUAUGCCAUGUUAUAUUCCAGGACUUGACAAAUUUGCUUGGAAUCUAGGAACCAGCAAAAAAAAUUGGGAGACAGGUUUUUCAAUGUCAAAAAUACAAUUCUUAAAGGGACACUAUAUAGUCACCAGAACCACUACAGCUUGAAGUAGUUGUUCUCGUGUCUAUAAUCUGUGCAUAAACACUUUUCAAUGUAAACCCUGCCUUUUCAGAGAAACGACAGUAUUUACAUUGCUGCCUUGCAACACUUCUAGUGACAGUCACUCAGACGGCCUCUGGAGCGCAUCCUGGGUGAGUGCUCUCCACGCCCUGCAUCAAUGCAUCUCUAUGAGGAGAUGCUUAUUGGCGCAGCAUGGCGUUUUGCCACAAAUGCGCAAUAGCCUAUUGGGAAAGCAUUUGAUUGGCUGAGAUCAUCAAGAAUCAAGAUUGUUGAUAGCAGUCAUGGAGGCAGGGCCAGCUGCGGCUAAAUUAGGACAGCAUGGGAGAAAAAGGUGGAGUAAAAAAACCCUUUCCCAUGUUAUUGGAUGGGGACUAGUCAUUUAAACACACUCAAUCACUGACGCACACACACAAACUCACUGACGUGCACACGCACUCACUGACUGACUGGCACACGCACACUCACUCACUGACAUUCACUCACUGACACACACACCCACUGUCACUGCAAUAAUCACACACAUUUAUGUGACCACCCAGCCUCCCUACCUGGGUCCAGCUUUCCCUGUGGUCCAGUGGGGCUUCAGUCAUCUCCCAGUACAGUAGAGCACUGUUUAGUGAUGCUGGGGCCGUCAUAUUCCGGCUCCUGGCAUCACUGGAGGGCGCGCGAGGAAGCAGAGCAGGGAGGUUGUUACAACUGCCUCACGCGCCUGGUUGUCUGCCUCAAACUUACAGGUGCCUGUGCGCACGCCAACGCUCUCACUCGCAAGGCCGCCCACCUACGCUCUUACUGAGCUGGCCCACCGACCACCCACACGCAUGCCCAUGCUCUUUAUAAGCCUGCUGGACGGCCUCCUCCGCUAAUAGACAGCCAGCCACCUUGGGGGCUGAAUGGGCCAGCAAAUCCCAGAUGCCAGGACAAAAAUCCUAGUCGCUAUGGCGACCUGGCGCCUGGGAUUUGUCGAGCCCUGUUAUAUUCUGUUAUUAAAGUGUUUCCUACAGCUAUUGUGGCAUAGCCAACCUGAUUGUUAUCUCAUGCACAAAGAAAAAUAAAGAAUUUAAAGGUAAAAAUUAUUUCAAUUAAAAGAUUGGGAGGCCUGCCGAGAGCUACAGACAUUGACAGUGUGUAAUUUGCACAAAAUCACACUCUUGAUGCAGCAAAGAAUAGAGAUGUUAUCAUUCAUGUAGAACAUCGAAAUCUAGCACUGUUUGUGUUACCCCUGACCACUGAACAAAAGACUAUAUCUACUCAAUUCUGUUAGUUAGAGCUAAAGUGAUCCUCUCUGCAUUUUUAUAACCCAUUAUUUUAACAAUGCUUUAAAAAUAAUUUCAAACAUUAUUAAAAAAAGAAAAAGAACAACAAAAGUGCCAGGACAAGCGCUCCAAAUCCAAGAAUAGUUUAAUCCACUCAGUGCAAAAAUAGACAAACAGGGGGAAAAGGUCCAAAAAAAACUUUACACAAGGUUUGGACCUACAGGUCCUUAGACAUAUGAGUGCAAGCAUACAGACCUAUCUGACACCAGAAAGAGGCUCCAUAAAUCUGAAGCCUGUCAUUCUGGUCUGAGGGUUGCUUUAUAAACCCCAGCCUGGAGUCAUGGAAUAAAAAAAAAAAAAAGAAAAAAAAAAAAGAAACCAUAUCUUUUCUGCUGUCUGCUUAUUCAGAGCCCUGUUCAUAUUUUAGUGAACAGGGUUGUGUACAACAAUAUCCUGAGAUUCCUGAGCCAAAACCUGUGCAUGCGCACGGCUGUAUUGUGCUUCUAAUUGCCUUUUAACAACAGAAUACAAAUUAUUUAGGAACUUUUGGGGAGAUUCAUUAGAGUAGGAACUUCUAAAAAGGGAUGCAAAGUUCUAUAAGUGGGCAAUUAAACAGGAAACCAGUGGAAAUUUGCUAGCAACAUACAGUGGUGUCUACCUCACCUUUACGCCUUUGCACCCACUUUUCAGAACACGGCACAACUGAUAAAUCUCCUCCUUUUUGAUAAUAACAUAACAUUUACAUUUUAAUCCCAAGUAGCUCCCUUUCUUAAAAUUUACUUUAUAAUGAUAAUAAAAACACCCGUAUCAACGGCUAUUUCUGUAUUUGUGUUGCUCCCAGUAGGACUCAAGACGGACAUUUUUUGUCAUCUAUAGAUCAUCUGAUACAAGAAAUAAAUGGUAUCAAGUAUUACAAAGUGCAAUUAGGCUUGCAGUAUAUAAACUUUAUUUCAAAGAAUGAGAUAAAGAGAUAUCACAUUUUCUCUCUUACAGUGCUCUAUAAAAACUUGCCAUUAUCUAAAUUGACUGUAAGAAAAUUACUCGCUUCCAGUGCUUUGUAAGCAAAGAUAUUGAGCUGUGUGAUUUGUGUUGACAUUAUCUCUGACAUCCAGCAUGAGAGAGAGGCUGAAAAUGGGGUUGUAAAUCAUAAUUCCCGCAGUGAUGGAAAUGUAACCGGUAAGAUCCAAAUGUGUGCAAAGCAAUAUCUUUGACACCUUUUCUUAGACACUUGACACAUCUUCUAAAAUUCAAUUUGCAAAAAUAGUAGGGUGUAUUGUAAGUAUUAGUGAUAUGCAUGAAUACGUGCAAAGGGACAUGCAGAAUUAUGUAACUUGAGACACUAGUAAGUCUUAUUCAGUCUUGCAGGGUGUCUGUGGCACAGGACUGUGUAUGCUUUAUAUUAUUUUAUGGGUAUAUGUGUGGUAACAAAAGCAAUAUAGAAUGGUCCAAUCAAAUCUAUUUGUAAUUUGAGGUUUAAAGGAAUGUGCUUAGGAAUAUCAAUAAAAAUUUAUAUAUAUAUAUAUAUAUAUAUAUAUAUAUAUAUAUAUAUAUAUACAGUUGCAAGAAAAAGUAUGUGAACCCCUUGGAAUGAUAUGGAUUUCUGCACAAAUUGGUCAUAAAAGUGAUCUGAUCAUAAUCUAAGUCAAAACAAUAAACAAUCAAAGUCUGCUUAAACUAAUAACACACAAAGAAUGAAAUGUUGCCAUGUUUUUAUUGAACACACCAUGUAAACAUUCACAGUGCAGGUGGAAAAAGUAUGUGAACCCCUAGACUAAUGACAUCUCCAAGAGCUAAUUGGGGUGAGAUGUCAGCCAACUGGAGUCCAAUCAAUGAGAUGAGAUUGGAGGUGUUGGUUACAGCUGCCCUGCCCUAUAAAAAAACACACACCAGUUCUGGGUUUGCUUUUCACAAGAAGCAUUGCCUGAUGUGAAUGAUGCCUCACACAAAAGAGCUCUCAGAAGACCUACGAUUAAGAAUUGUUGACUUGCAUAAAGCUGGAAUGGGUUAUAAAAGUAUCUCCAAAAGCCUUGCUGUUCAUCAGUCCACGGUAAGACAAAUUGUCUAUAAAUGGAGAAAGUUCAGCACUGCUGCUACUCUCCCUAGGAAUGGCCGUCCUGUAAAGAUGACUGCAAGAGCACAGCGCAGACUGCUCAAUGAGGUGAAGAAGAAUCCUAGAGUGUCAGUUAAAGACUUACAAAAGUCACUGGCAAAUGCUAACAUCCCUGUUAGCGAAUCUACAAUACGUAAAACACUAAACAAGAAUGGAUUUCAUGGGAGGAUACCACAGAGGAAGCCACUGCUGUCCAAACAAAACAUUGCUGCACGUUUACAGUUUGCACAAGAGCACCUGGAUGUUCCACAGCAGUACUUGCAAAAUAUUCUGUGGACAGAUGAAACCAAAGUUGAGUUGUUUGGAAGAAACACACAACACUAUGUGUGGCGAAAAAAAGGCACAGCACACCAACAUCAAAACCUCAUCCCAACUGUGAAGUAUGCUGGUGGGGGCAUCAUGGUUUGGGGCUGCUUUGCUGCGUCAGGGCCUGGACGGAUUGCUAUCAUCGAAGGAAAAAUGAAUUCCCAAGUUUAUCAAGACAUUUUUCAGGAGAACUUAAGGCCAUCCGUCUACCAACUGAAGCUCAACAGAAGAUGGGUGUGGCAACAGGACAAUGACCCAAAGCAUAGAAGUAAAUCAACAACAGAAUGGCUUAAACAGAAGAAAAUACACCUUCUGAAGUGGCCCAGUCAGAGUCCUGACCUCAACCUGAUUCAGAUGCUUUGGCAUGACCUCAAGAAAGCGAUUCACACCAGACAUCCCAAGAAUAUUGCUGAACUGAAACAGUUCUGUAAAGAGGAAUGGUCAAGAAUUACUCCUGACCGUUGUGCACGUCUUAUCUGCAACUACAGGAAAUGUUUGGUUGAAGUUAUUGCUGCCAAAGGAGGUUCAACCAGUUAUUAAAUCCAAGGGUUCACAUACUUUUUCCACCUGCACUGUGAAUAUUUACACGGUGUGUUCAAUAAAAACAUGGCAAUAUUUCAUUCUUUGUGUGUUAUUAGUUUAACCCCUUAAGGACACAGCUUCAGAAGCUUGACUUACGCUUAAUGACACAAGCAAUUUUUGCAUUUUCUUGCUGUUUGCGUUCAACUGCAAUUUGAAGCUUGACUUACGCUUAAUGACACAAGCAAUUUUUGCAUUUUCUUGCUGUUUGCGUUCAACUGCAAUUUGCAUCUCUCUCAUUUAUUGCACCGACACAUAUUAUAUACUGUUUUUUAAAGGACAGAAAGGGCUUUAAUUUGAUAUAACAUAUAUAUAUAUAAAUGCUUACUUAUUAUAAAAAAAAUACAGAAAAAUGCAAAAAAAAUGAAAAACAUUGUUUUUUUUUACAGUUUUUGCAAUAAUAAUGUGUGCAUAAUUAGUGCAGGUUAAGGAAAGUAAUUAAAAAUAAAUUUAUUUAUUUGUUCUGAUUUACAGAAUAUAUAAUGUGUCUGGGAUUUUAAGUUUUUUUUGGUAGUUACAGGUCACAAAGCACAAGGAGUAAAAUAAACUUUUAAUGUGGAGCGAUUUUAGAAUUUGGUAUGUUUGUCUUGUAAGCUUAAUAGCCAUAAAAGAAAACAAAAUUGCCACACAAAAGUAUAUAUUUAUAUAAAGUAGACAUCACGGGCUAUUUACCUAAGGUUGUUUUGACACUUUCUACGUAGCCAUUUCACCGCCAACCUCUGCUAAAUAUUGGAGUAAAAUUGUGUUCUUUUUGGUUUUUGGCACACAAACUUAUAACAGAGAAAUUCUCGUGUAUAUUUUGUAAAGUUGGUGUGUGCUAUUCCUGUACAAAGUUUUAUUUUGUGUUCAGUUACAUCUGCUGAGUAAAAUGACACCCCCAUUGUAUGUCUUUUGCACUAUUUCGUGAAGUUACAGUGCCAUACAGGAUACCUGUCCUUUUCAGUAUUCACAGUAGAAUUUUGAGAGAUGGAUUUAAUGAGCCUUAGCUUCCAUUUUGGGGUAUUAUAACAGUUUGACUGUUCAAAAAACCCCCACAAAGGCCUACCAUUUGUAAAAGUAGACACUCCAGGGUAUCUUAUAAGGUGCAUAUUGUGCCUUAACAUGCCCCCAUUUUUUCACCAAUAUAUGCCAAAGUAUGUGGUAAAAAAUAAUUUUGUGCAUUUUUUACAUACGGAUUGCAUUUUUGCUGGGCGUUUUGUAUAUUUCAUAUGUGCCACUAAGUUCAAACCCCCCAAAUUAUGCUCAGCUAAGUCUUCUGAGUAAAAUGACACCCCAUAUGAAUGUCUUUGGCACUAUUUCGUGAAGCUACAGUGCCAUAUAGGAGACCAAGCCAUAUCCGUUUUUACCAAACUUUGAAUUUUGACGCUGGGCCUAUGUGCAAUUUCCAAGCAUCUUCGCAGGUUUUAAAUUCAAACUACCCCACAAAGGCCUACCAUUUCUUAAAGUAGACACCCCAGGGUGUUUCAAAAGGUAUAGUUUGAACCUUAGCAUGGGAUCAUUUUUCCGCUAGCUUGUACCAGAUGUAGUGGUAAUAAGCGUUUUUUCUGCCUUUUGACAUACAAAGUGAGUUUGCACAGUAUAUUUUGCAAACCUUAUGUGUGCUACGACUGUAUAAUACUUCAUAUGUUGCUCAGCUAUGUCGGCUGAGUACAGCAAUACCCCGUAUGUACCUUUGCCAGGUAUGUGUGGACAUCGGAGGGGCACAUUUGGGACACAGCCAUUCCAGUUUUUUUCAAACUUUGAAUUUUUAUGCUGUGCCUAUGUCCCAUUUUAGAGUAUUUUACCAGGCUAUAUAAUCCAAAUUCCCCAUAAAGCCAUACCAUUUCUUAAAGAAGACAUCCCAGGGUAUUUCAAAAGGCAUAUUUUGAACCUUAGCGUGGGAUCAUUUUUCCGCUAGCUUGUACCAAGUGUAGUGGUAAUAAGCAUUUUUUCUGCCUUUUUGACAUACAAAGUGAGUUUGCGCAGCAUAUUUUGCAAACCUUAUGUGUGCUGUGACUGUAUAAUACUUCAUAUGUUGCUCAGCUAUGUCGGCUGAGUACAGCAAUACCCCCGUAUGUACCUUUGCCAGGUAUAUGUGGAUGUUGAAGGGGCGCAUUUGAGACGCAGCCAUUCAGUUUUUUUCUAACUUUGAAGUUUUACGCUGUGUCCAUGUUCCAAUUUGGAGUAGUUUAGACGGUUGGUUAUUGAAACUUCCCCACAAACACAUACUAUUUAUUAAAGAAUACACCCUGGGGUAAUUCAAAAGGCAUAUUUUGAACCUUGGCGUGGGAUAAUUUUUUCUCUAGUUUGCUCCAGGUGUAGUGGUAAUGAGCGUUUUUAAAAUGUAUUUUUUUACUUUUUAUAACUUUUUUACUUUUAAAAACUAGUUUUUAAACUUUUGUUUUGCUUAUAAAUUUUUUUUAAACUUUCCUAAACUUUCUUAAAACUUUUUUACAGAUUUAACAUUUUUCUAAGCUUUUUUUUUUACCGUUAACCCCUAACUAGCAGUACGCAGCAGUAACAGUAAAUUCCCCAUUUUCCCAUAACUCCCACCCACCCCAGCUAGCAAAAUAUAUAGUUAUAAAAUAUUUAAAUUAAUUAAUUAAAUAAAUUGAACCCCUGAGGGUUAAAAAAAUAAAUAAAAGUUAAUCCUCAGGGGUUAAAAAAAAUUAGAUCACAGUAUAAUACUGUGAUCUCUAUUUGAUCGCUGUAGGCAGUGAUCGACUGUCAGGGAAGGGGUUAAUUUUUAUUUGGACUAGGUAAAGUGUGUUUUUUUUUUGUUUUUUUUACUUAAAUGUUAUUAAAAAAAAUUUUAAACUUAAUUUUUAACUUUUAAAAGUUUCUUUUAAAACUUUUUUUAACGUUAACCCCUAGUUAGCCUAACGCCAAAUCCCCCAAUUCCCCACUAACUUCCACCCACCCCAGCUAUCUAAAUACAUAAUUAAAAAUAAUUUAAUUAAUUUAAUUAAUUUAACCCCUGAGGGUAAAAAAAAAAAAAAGAAUUAACCCUCAGGGGUUAAAAAAAAAAAUCAGAUCAUAGUAAAAUGUAAUCCCUGCCAAUUGAUCACUGUAGUCCGUGAUCAAUUGGCAGGGAAGGGGUUAAUUUUUUAUUAAAAUGGGUAAGGGGGGGGGACUUUAAAUAAACUUUAUUUUUUUUUUUUACAGCAGGGGGCAGGAUCAGCACUGAUCCGGCUCCCUGCACUUCACACAGAACCCGGAAGUGCAGGGAGCCGGUAGGUGAGUAUAGAGAGCACAUGUGCUCGCUCAGACUUGUGGUCAGAGCGAGCACAUGUGCUGGGCAGCUUGACCGGGUGCUCCCGGUAUGCCUCCAAUGCAGAGGCAUACCGGGAGCACCAUUAACCCCGCGAUCGCCGCGAUAGCGGCGAUCCGGGGUUAAUUUUACCGCGUGACGGACAAAGUCCGUCACCCGUCGUUAAGGGUCUCCCCUGUGUGACGGACCUCGUCAGUCACCCGUCCUGAAGGGGUUAAGUAGACUUUGUUUUUGUUUAUUGUUGUGACUUAGAUGAUGAUCAGAUCACAUUUUAUGACCAAUUUGUGCAGAAAUCCAUAUCAUUCCAAAGGGUGCACAUACUUUUUCUUGCAACUGUAUAUAUAUAUAUAUUGUGUGUGUGUGUGUGUGUGUGUGUGUGUGUGUGUGUAUAUAGCAUGUUACAGUAUUCUUAUAACAAAAAUAAUUUCCAAUAGAAACCUUGUCAGAUGAAUCAUGGUAUAUUAAUGUUCACAAUCUCAUUAAAAUCUCAGAUAAGUAAGUACUCAUAUUAAGACACACCACAACCAGUCAAGUGGGUCCUCCAGGAGAAAUACUCCUUUAUCACACACACAACAACUAUUGCCCAGUUAAAACUAUGGACCGCUACUGCAACACUAUAACAGGUCUUCCAGGUAAUACACCAAUUCUGUCAUUACACGGUAAACCUCUCAUGUCAGGUAAAUUCAUAUUUUACAUCAGAAUACUAUUCAUGAGACUUGGACUAAUCCCGUUUAUAUUUGCAGGUCAUUUAUCAGCUGCCUCUAAAAUAGAUAUUCCAGUGCAUAAAAUUAAAAGACAGGGGCACUGGAAAUCUUCUGUUUAUAGUAUAUUCCUCAACCAGAGAACACAAUGUUAAGGCUAUGGCCUGUAAUUGUGGGAGGGAUUACCCGGUCUAUAUAAACUCUAGCAACCCCCUUACCUAGGCCAUUGCUGUUCGUUGCACCCCAUCUACCACUCCCCUCUCUUAUCAAAACCCUGGUGGUCCCACUUUAUUUACAGGCCUACCCAUGCCUUGGUUUUCGGUACACCACAACCGACUUGGGAUCACCACACUUCUGAUGAAGCCCUUUGGGAGAAACGAAUUAAGUGUGGUUUUGUAUUUCAUACUUAAGCCCAUAAUGUUUUUAUUUAUAGAUCUAUAGUAUUUUAUAUACAGUUUUCUGUCUAUAAAGUGAAUUCCUUACACCUUUAUAUUGGAAUUUAUAUUAUUACUUACCUGUACCUGCUGGCUCCCUAGAUCCUGCUUCUCCUAGGUGGGGAUCAUACCACCAAGGCCUCUGACCACUAGAGUUAGUUCUUGCUCUCAAAAUUGUAGAUACCUUCCUCUGAGUUGCUUAUUUUACUUACUUAUUACACUAUUGGAGUUUUCUGUUUUCUCUACAUGCUGUGCUGACCAUACUUGUUCUGGAGAGCACUGACCUUUGUGGACCCAUAUACACCCUUAGAUGGGGACAAAACCGUGCAUCACAGCAGAGCUCUAAUGUUAGCUCCUUAAAGUUUGAUUGGGCCAUCUCUGUGUAUUUUUUUAACGGUUUACUGAACAUACACACUGUACUAUUAGUCAUAUUUUAUUCUUUUUUUUGAGGUUGAUUAUCUUUCUCUCAAAAUUACAAAUCGAUGUAUGUAUAUAUGUAUAUUUGCACUAUCAGCACUUUAUGAUCGUGUGUCUGCAGAGAUAACAUGCAUUUUCUUCACUGUAAAAAUGUUAUAAAAUAGACAGACAGAGUUCAGAAAGUCCUUUAAUUUAAGUUUUUUUCCAAUCAUGAGUGAUUAACCUAUUAAACUGGAGAAAGUUCACCUUGCAAUAAUUUCAUCAUUAUCGAUGUAUCCCUAAUGGUAUAUAACAAAAUCAUACAAAAUUAAGUGCUGCUAUCAAACUCCUAGUACUUCUGGCGGGCAGUAAUGAUUAUAGUACAUAUUAGCCCCAAUACAUACAAUAAUAUAUAUAUAUAUAUAUUAAGUGACCAUUGAAGUAAUACUAAAUAACCUCCAGUUAUUUAAAUGUGCAUAUGAAUUUGGGACAGUGCGCAAGUACACAUUUUUUUUUUUUUUUUUAUGUAACAAAAUCAGUUCUGGCAUAACUGUUAAUCGAAUCUGAAAAGUUCUUAUUCUAAAUUUUAAAUCUUCAUCUUGUUGCAAAUAUAAAGGAUUAUAACAACCAAUAAGAAUGAGUCUACUUUUAAAAACUUUGAUUUAAAGUCCUUUCUGAUUUGCAUACUUGUCCAGUGCUAGGGUGGAGAAUAUGUCACAUUCUGCUGUCCUUUUGUUAGGUUUGUUUUUCCAAUGCACUGCGUUAUUACAUGUAUUAAUUCAGAGCAGCCUAUAUUCUAAACACGUUUCUCACCUUACGUUUUAACACCUGGUUGAUCAGGGUAAUUUAUUUAUUUAUUUAUUUAUUUAUUUUUAAGCCUUGGGUCAGGACUCAAAAAUGAUUGUUAUUUUAGCGUGUAAGUGGUAAGGAGCUUGUCAUAUUUAUCAGACAUCAGGUAUGUGCUUACAAUAAAAAGUUUACUUUGUCAAGUUCAGUAGAGACCUAUUUCAGUAUUAAUUAUAUUACAGUUGAAGAACAGGUCAUUAAGCUAAUUAUGAAGUUUAACUAUUUUGUUUAGAAGUUAAACUCCAUCUCCCCGGUAAUGGUAUAAGAUGCUAGACUAAAAUGUCACCCUUUUCUUGGAAUACCAUGCUUCCCGACAUUUCCGAUGGACUAAGAGGGACACUUCAAUCAUGUUAGGGGGUGAAUGGUGGUGUGACUAGGAGCAGGCCUGUUCUCAGAUAUUUUAGGUAACGUACUGAUAAUUUAUACAACUAAAAUGUAAUUUAGAACAAGAACAAUGUAUCCUGUAUACACAGACUGAUUUAUGAAGACAUUUAUUGUAGUUUAAAGACACAUUACUGUUAGUAUUAUUACCGUGGAGCUCUGUCACACACUCAGACACACUAAGAAUAUGGAGCUACUUGAAAGAGGAACAUUAGUAUAGAAAAGAGGAACACAGGAAUCUGGUCCCAAAAUAGGGACAGUUAGCAGGUAUGGAGUCCAUUCCUGCCACAUGGAACACCUCAGAUGUUAAUCACACUUUUUCUAUUCACUUCCUUACCAAACCUAGAAAAAAAUAUCCACUAUGGAAUUCAUUAGGAAACAGAUUCAGUUUGUGGAUGAUGGGAGGUAUUACAUUUUGGCUUUAUCAAUCAGCAAAAUUGAUUUGUCAAACUGCUUCAUGAUCUCUUCAUAUCAGACUGGAAUAUGGCAUUUAUUGCCUUGCAACUACAAAACAAUGUUGGCAAAAUGACACAUACUGCUGGCGAGAUGGCACCCUGACAAAUUGUGGUGUUAUGUUGGCUGCCUGUCAUAUCCUGGUGGGAAGGUGACAUCCUCUCACGUGCUAUCUAUGGCGGAUAGGAAACCCCUCUUCAAAAGGGUUCAUGGCAUAUGAUCAGACCUCGGCACUUGAUGACAUUAUAUUUUAAUGCGUUAUUACAUGAUGCAUAAAAUAGAAGGUAUGUGGGUUAGUGUGCCCCAUUGUUUACCGUUAUUUAUUUAUUUUAAAGCCCUGAGCACUUUUCUAUUAUUUUAACUACCUGUUCAUUUGAUAUGAAAUUCACAACCUGGAAAGCUGUUGUAUCACACUUACACUAUAAAAAUAUAUACAUGUUAAUUUUUGGGGAGAGUCAAUGCUUUGGUUCAGUCUUGAGAGAUGUGACUGGGGCUGUAUACACAAAGUGAUUUAACUCAUAAAUAGCAGAGAAUUGAGCAUUGAGACUACAGUACGUAUACACCGAAACCAUUGUUUUAAGUUGACGUUGUUUUAUUGCUUAGAGGGUCCCUUUAAAAGGGAUAAUUUUAAGGAGGAUGCGAUAUUUGUGAAUUAUAUGUUCAUAUUUUUUAUUCAGAGUAAUGAUUUUGGAGAUAAUUUAUUUUAUUUAAUAGUCCAUAAUUAUGAACUACCGUAGCUAACAUCCGCAUAUAUUCUGCCUCAUGAGUUCCUGUGCUUUUGGCAAAUGCUGUAGAGUAAUUCAUUUACUCAUUCUGGUAUUCUAUAAUUUAUCUUAUAUUUUUCUUUUCCCACUUUUUUAAAAAUAUUUUUUGCUAUCCUCUGAGACAUCGGGCUAAAGUUGGAUUUGAUAAAUGUUUGCUUUUGCCUCGUAGUGGCUUUGUACUUCUAAAACAGUAUUUGACACUUCUCUUUAUUACAAAGUGAAGGGUUUAAAUGUGAAAACAAUCUAUUAUUUUGUUUUCUAUUUAUUAUGAUGUCUUGAGGGUUCUAUCUUUCUGUCUUUCUUUUUUUUUUUUUUUUUUUACUUUGUGUUUCCCAUUCCAGCCCUCUAAGUUCCCAAUCAAUCUGUGAUUGCAUGCUUUCCAAGUGCCCCAAUUUCAGUGUGACAGUCCUGAUUGUCUGGUCCUUCCUUGGUGUCCUAUUUUUGGGGACACUGGGAACUGUCAUCAAAACGUUUUGCACAAGCGCAUCAUUAGAUGUGCUUGUGCUGCACUCAGGGUACUAGGACAUUGCUCCCUGCAAAUCCUGCGCUCCUUGAUUGGCAGGCAGCCUGGCAUGCAUUCAGGCCAGGCUAACCUCCCAGUAAUUCAAGCAGACCCAGAGGGUCUGCCCACUUUGGGCAGAGCCAGUAACACAAUCCUGUCACUAGCCUGUCCCUUUACCCACCUCGCUUCUCAGGACGCCAAUGUUGGGGGUUAUGUGAUCUGAUUCAUCUGGAUCAUUGUUUAGCAGUGAGAUCUGGGUUGGAUUCCACUAAGUAAUCUGUCUACUUGUUAGAAGCUAGGAGUAUUCUUACAGGAUCACUAUAGUGUCAGGAAAACAAACUCGUUUUCCUGACACUAUAUAACUCUUAGGUCCCCCCCACCCUUAGGGCCGAAGUUACUUACUUUAAUCCAUAAUUUAAUCCAUAAUUGAGCCCGGCGCUGGUGACCUCUCCUCCCCCGCCAUCAGCUCCUGAGUGGAGCGGAAUGCGUAUGCACAGCAAGAACCGCACGCGCAUUCAAACAGUCCAUAGGAAAGCAUUUCUCAAUGCUUUCCUAUGGACGUUCUGCACGCUGAAUGCGAUUUUCGCAUCGCAGAAGCGCCUGUAGCGGCUGUCAGGAAGACAGCCAGUAGAGGCUGAAUUAACCUUUCUCUGCUAUGUUUACAUCUGAAGGGUUAAAACCUGUGGGACCUGGCACCCAGAUCACUUACUUGAGCUGAAGUGGUCUGGAUUACUCUAGUGUCCCUUUAAACAUUUUAAAUUUUUAGAAGAAUAAAUUCUACAAAGUUAGGAUCGUACAAUGCAAAUGUCUAUACACUUGUUUCUUACAUUAGCUUUUUUUUUUUUUUUUUUAUUCAAAUGUAAUAGAUUAAGAUAAGGAUAUUUACAGAAGUUUUGAGAAUAUUUGAUUUCUGUCCUGGAAGUCACUAUAGAGUUCAUUUAAGUGCACCUAGUGUUGACAAUGAGAGGAGUUACAUUGCUGUAAAUUAAAAUACAUUUAAAUGUAUCUGUUAUUGGAACACUUUACGCAUUAUGGGUGAUUUGGGUAAUGAUGCAACUCAGCAUUUUAACAUUUUUGUUUUCUGUCUACCAAGACUUUUGUGUAAAUAUAUUUUUAUUUGACUUUUUCAACAUUUUCAUAAAGUGAACCAACAGUGUGGACACACAGGUCCAGUCAUUUACAAUUUCCGUUUUUCUGGGGAUACGGUGUUACCUUGUACACUGUAGUGGCAUACAAGUCACUUUUGAGCUUUUGUGGUUCUUUUUCAGUGGACUCGCAGGUCCUUUCGCAUAUACAAUAAGACAGGCAUAGCUCUAUAGUUCCCAGUGUGUUUACCAUGUCUGGUUCUAGUAGUCUUAAUGGGAGUCUUCGUUGGUGUCUUGUGUGCUAUGGGUAGGUGUCGUUUACUGUGAGGGGGGGGGAGAGGUGGUGUGGUCUCCCUUCUGAGGUCUGCUGGCAUUGAUAACUGUAUUUAACAGUCUAUGUCUUGUGAUCGGUUAUUGUUGUCUGCCUACCUCUUGUAUGUGGUAACCUUCUCUGCGGCCCUACCAAGACUUUUAGGAAGACACAGCAUUAUCUUCUCCAUUUUUGUUGUUGGUGUAUUUCUUUUUUAAUUCAAUGUGAAGGGAAUAAUUUCUAAAUAUUGCUGAUUACCUACCGCAUGUUAAAUUUAUGGAUGAAAGAACAAGUGUACUCGAUGCACUGGGUGUUAAGGUCUUUUGUGCAAUUUCUUUCACAUAUGUAAAUUCAUUUGUUUGCCUAAAAAUACCUAAACGUAGAAUGGGGUUGUGCAUAAAUAAGCAUUCAUAUACCCCCCACUCCCCAGCCCCCGGGUGACUACCCCCUGCGACACUUGGUAUAAGGUGUACAGGGCGUCUACUUUGCGCGGGGUAUGUGACUCCACGGAUAUUGCUGAUCAUAACAUACUCCACAUGUCUCAACUUGUGUGACCUAAGGAAAUAAUGCCUAGUGCAUGAAUACUGGUAUAUAUGGCACUAAUGUGUUUAUUUGUCUAUUCAGUUCCCCCUGGAUCAUUUCUAAUGAUACGCUGGACAUUCUUGUACUAUUUUGUACUAUUCCGUACUUAUUGCUGUGUACUUAUAUUCUGACUAUGAAUCUUCAAUAAAAAUAAAUUGAAUAAAUUUUUUCACGUUUCUAAAACUUGAUGAUAUUUCAGUUAUAGACUGUUGCUCUAUAGUUUGUAUUAUUAUAUAUAAUUACAGCUCAUUUAAACAUUGUAUGCAAUCAUCAUCAAAAAAAAAAAAAAAAACACCCGUCCAUCCACCCAUCUUAUAGGAUAAGUACAUUUACUCACCAACAGCAGUUCCACUAGUCUCAUAUGAUGGAACUUCAUUUAGUUUACACAUAGCCCUGUUUACAGCAUAGUGACCCUAGUCGACUGACCUGCAUACCUCACAUGUGAAAUAUGCACCUUCUCUCUUGUCAUUGGAUAGAGAGAGAUUAGUCCAAAUUGUGUCAAUAGCCACAAUAACAACUUGGCCAAAACUAAAGAGUUACUCAUGCAUCAUAACAACCACACUCCACUAUAGUGGUUAUUAUGCCAGGAGAAUCCUGGCACCACACCUCGGCAAGGGGACAAAUCUCUUACUUGCGUCCUGCUGGUUGUAGAGCCUCCAGUAAUGCCAGGUGAGCUGCAUUAGGCUUCUUCAGGGCUGGAUGCCAAUACCGAUCAUUCAUUGGCUGAGCCCACUCUCAUUAGCCAGCAUGGGGCUCCUUCCUGGCUGGAUAAUGAUGGAACUGCCUGAGAUGGGAUUACACCACCAGCACUCUAACUUUCUUUGUAGGUGCAAUGUUUCAGACUGAAAUGCGGCACACAUAGAUCCUUGUACCAUGACCACUUGAAAACACUGACGUAGUGCUUGACGUAUAGCAUUCUGGCCAUCUGACUAACAGCUCUGGGGGGUUAGAUUAUAGCUGGAAAGAUGUUUAAAAUCACUGCGAUUCUAAGCCAAUUUUCAGAGCUUAGAUUGAGUACUCUCUGCAAAGUUGUUAUGGUGCUUCGUCACCCUUUAAGCUUACUUGCUGCAUAGCACUUUAUAUCACUUUUAUAAAGUGUCAAGGUUGUUUUAAUAGUGAUAAAGUGCAGUUACAGGUUAAAUGGACGUUAAAUAAGCAAACAAAAGUAUGUGAGGCAUGGAGUAAAGCUUGUUAGCUUGCCUCUAUGAGUUGGUGACCACACGGGAACACCUCAAACAAGCUUUAGCUCUUCACACAUAUGUUUCUUAUCUUGAUAAAAUAGCCAUAUUGCACUAUUCAUUGUUCACAUAGGUUUUGAAGCCUGCCUCUCUUGUUCUCACUGCACAGUUAUCUAUGGCAAAUGCAUUCAUCAGCAGAAUAUGGUCUGCGGCUUUUGACAAAAAAAAAAAGAAAAUAUUAUAAAUCUUUUUCUUCCCUCCCCCCUUUUGGAUAUCUAUAACAGAUAGAAAUGACUGGAAUUUAGGAAUCUCUUGCCAGAUGGAUUAUAUGGUUGUCAUGGAAACAGAGUUGGGCCAUAAAUAUGGCCCUGCCUAUGGUGCCUCUGUCACAUUCAAGCAGCCUUUAAAAAUUAUAUUUAACCCUUUAUGGAUGCAGAAGAAGACCUUGUAUAAUUUUUGUUAUUAGAUCUGUGCCAAAAUCUGUAAUGUGUGAGUCAUCCUUUGCACACACACACACACUACAAAUACAUGUUCAAUCAACCUGGCCGAAGACCACUGCAUACAUGCAUAAACAUAGAGGGGAACUGGCACCACAUAUCAACACAAACACACUGUAGAGGGUCACAGUAUUACACUGUGUGCAGAGUACUAAACACAUCAAUGGAUCACCUUCUGAGAGCCACUGUAUAGACACACUGGAAGGGUUAGCUCAGACAGAGAGCUUCCGAACAGAGCCUGGCAGACCGUUAUAAAACAGUUUGUCUACUUACAGUGGGGCUGCUACAGGGUAUUCCCUGCACCAUAACCACUACAUGGUGCUCUGUCCAUGUAAGCCAAGUUACAGCAAAGAUGUAUACACACUUAUGAGAUGAAGUGGUCUGGGUGUCUAUGGAGUCCCUUGAGGUUACAAAACUGCAUGGAGAUGAAGUGAUCUGGGUGCCUUUUGUGGUUAUUUAACAUUUGGUUAUAAAAUAUGUUUGUGGAAAUGUUGACCAGAAUAUGCCCCAGUAGCUAUUAAACAAAAACAGUUAAGUUGCACACACCAAGAAAAAGUGUCAAAAUUGUGUUCAGAUUGGAGAUGUGGGUUUAAAAACAAAAAUCACUUUUUAAGCUUUACUAUAACACUCACUGGCUUGGACACCAUUAAUUUUCCGCACUCCCUUCGCCAACUCCCCUCUUUAAGCAGUGCAUAUCAGGCUCUUGUUAAAGGUCAAAACAGUUGGACAUGCUGACUUCUAGGAUACAGAACAACAACGACUAGAGGGAAGAUAAUUAAAGGACCACUAUAGGCACCCAGACCACUUCAGCUUAAUGAAGUGGUCUGGGUGCCAGGUCCAGCUAGGGUUAACCCUUAUUUUUAUAAACAUAGCAGUUUCAGAGAAACUGAUAUGUUUAUGUUUGGGGUAAUCCAGCCUCCAGUGGCUGUCUCUUGACAGCCGCUAGAGGCGCUUGCGUGCUUCUCACUGUGAAAAUCACAGUAAGAAGACGCCAGUGUCCAUAGGAAAGCAUUCACAAUGGCUGAAUGCGCGCGCAGCUCUUGCCGCACAUGCACAUUCAGCAGAAAAGGAGAAGAGGGAGGAGAGGAGGAGGAGAGCUCCCUGCCCGGCGCUGGAGAAAGAGGUAAGUUUAACCCCUUCCUCUCCAUCCAGCCCGGCGGGAGGGGAACCCUGAGGGUGGGGGUACCCUCAGGGCACUAGAGUGCCAGAAAAACUAGUAUUUUUUCCUGGCACUAUAGUGGUCUUUUAACAUUACCUCUGAUUAAAUGACUAGGGAAAUUUCAGCACUGCAAAGUAGGAUAUAUUAAUAUUUGCUAUAACCUGCCAAAUGGCAGGUUUAAAAUGGGAAAGAAGUAGGUAUAUCUAUGACGCAGUUGGUUUUCCAGAUAAGGCAGGAGUAUAAAGGCCAGGAGUGUCAUUGCGAAAGUCUUAUACGCUAAGUGCUGCUGAAGUGUUUGGUAUGAGCCUGUAUUCCCUGUAUUUUAUUAGAAAUGCGCACAAGUGCAUUUUAACAUAGAGUGGUUGUUUGUGAGGUGAUCAGGAGGACUUUUAAGAAAUGUAUGUGUCACAAAAAAUAGUGCGUGAUUUUUAACCGUUUGUGUGCUAUGCUACAAUAUACCAAAAGUUAAUAUUUCAUGAUUUUACUUUUAAAUAUCAAAACCUUGCCAUUAGUAAGAAUUUUAUCUAUUCCUUUUUAAUUUUUGUUCAUUAUUCAUUCAAUUUUUUUUGUACUGAAAUUAGUUUUCUUUUUGUUAUUGUUUUGCUUUCUUGCUAUUACUUAAAAUGUAAUUUCCAAAAAGACCUUUUCCUUCGAUGUAUUAUGCACUAGUCUGUGCCGUCACACGAGAGCUAAUGUUGUUUUAUUUGUGUCGUCCUUUUAGGUUGAAACCGAUGAGUCGCAAAGUGAUCAUGGAUAUGUUUUCUGAUCAGAAUUUCCAGUCAAAUGGCAGCAAUGGAACGUAACACACUGUGCGACGUACUAACAUGCUUUGAGAAAGUCUUUUGCUUUCACAAUAAUGUUUUUUUCAGCAAUGCCAGCUCAUCCCGUCACCUCUUAUAGCACACAUAUGGUCUACGAAAAUGGUUACACAAACCUAACAACGCCUCAGCCUACAUUUCGUGGUAACUUGGAUCUACUGCCAAAGUAUAGUCCAGUUGCCAUGACUACAACUGAGAUUAGUCCUUUACAAGUGAAUGCUUCUACAACUCCAUCAGCGCAAGAUGUAGCCAGCACUUUGAGUUUACCCCUUCAGAUCAUACUUUCUUCUGUAAUGAUAAUUAUACUUUUACUUUCCUUCCUUGGGAACUUUGUAGUGUGUCUCAUGGUCUACCAGAAAGCUGCUAUGCGAUCUGCGAUUAACAUAUUGCUUGCCAGCCUGGCUUUUGCCGACUUGUUGCUUUCUAUCCUGAACAUGCCCUUUGCUUUAGUGACCAUUAUCAUCACCGAAUGGAUUUUUGGUGAUAUUUUCUGCAGAGUUUCCGCCAUGUUCUUCUGGUUGUUUGUGAUGGAAGGUGUUGCCAUCUUGCUCAUAAUAAGCAUAGACCGAUUUCUCAUCAUUGUUCAAAAACAAGACAAACUAAAUCCUUACCGCGCAAAGAUUCUCAUUGUGAUUUCAUGGGCCACCUCUUUGUGUGUAGCCUUUCCACUAGCCAUUGGGAACCCACCCUUACAAAUACCCUCCCGAGCACCCCAGUGUGUAUUCGGCUACACCACGAAUGCUGGUUACAAAGCUUAUGUGAUUCUAUUGGUUUUAAUUUUCUUCUUUAUUCCUUUCAUGGUGAUGCUGUAUGCUUUCAUGGGCAUAUUAAACACUGUGCGCCACAAUGCAGUUCGUAUACAUAGCCAUCCAGACAGCAUAUGCCUCAGCCAGGCUAGCAAGUUAGGUCUUAUGAGCCUCCAACGGCCUUUUCAAAUGAACAUUGACAUCAGCUUUAAAACUCGUGCCUUCACUACCAUUUUAAUUUUGUUUGUAGUCUUUAUAGUCUGCUGGGCACCCUUCACUACUUACAGCCUUGUUGCUACAUUUAACAGUAACUUCUAUAACAAGCACAACUUUUUUGAGAUUAGCACAUGGCUGCUUUGGCUAUGCUACCUCAAGUCUGCACUAAAUCCAAUAAUCUACUAUUGGAGAAUAAAAAAAUUCCGUGAUGCAUGCUUGGAUCUCAUGCCCAAGUACUUUAAGUUUUUACCACAAUUACCUGGUCACACAAAGAGACGAAUCCGGCCUAGUGCCAUAUACGUAUGUGGAGAACACAGAUCUGUAGUAUGAAAAUAUUUAGAAGUUCAUUCUUAAGGGGACUGCCAUGAACUUUACCAUUUGUAUAUGAACUAUUUCCUCUGUGCAAAACGUGAUGAAUAAAAAUCUCUGCCAGGAAGCAAUGUAAAUUUAAAAAAAACAAAAAAACAUGUUACCUCUAGGAUUUAAGGAAAAUCCUUAUUUGAGAAAUACGUUGUCAGGUUUAUGCUUACCAGACCUGUCUUUCCUGUAAUCACAGGCACUUUGUAUGCUGCUAAAAUUUGGUGGAUGUGUUAUUUUGUUUUCUUCUGAAUCAAAUGUUUUGCUGCUUUUUGCUAUAAUAGUUGAGCCAAAAAAGUCAUGUAGCUGAGAUUUACAGGAGAUAUAUAUAUAAAAUUAUUAUUUUAUUUUUUUCUUUAAAGUAUUUCUUCAACAUUGAUAGUGGUGAGUUGAUCAGUCAGCCCAUCGAUACUGAUGUCAUAAACUCAGUUUCUUCACAUUUGGAUUAACUACAAUUAUAUCCAAAGAUUUAUUGGAGUUGUAGCUCUUCCACAGGCUAGAGAAGGGAAUACUUAAACUUUACCAACUGCUUUAAUUCUUUUUUGUGUGUGUGUGUGUAUAGAGUUCCACAAUAUUCUGAAAUUCGACUUCGAGUAUAUCCAGUUUCUUUUACAUUACUUCAGGAUAAGUAAAAUGUUUUGUGCACUUUAAAAGAGUUUAUAAAAAUAUAUAUUUUUUCUUUUAAUGUUUUAGAGCAGAGGAAACUAUUAAAACUGAAGAACAUAAUUUUUGAUACAUAAAUGUAAUUAUAUCAACAGAUGUACAGCUCUGUGGUGGGUUUAUGUGCAAUCUAAAAUUGCAGACAUUAUAAUCAGGGCAUGUGCUAUGUCUGUCUAUCUAGCUAUCUAUCCAUCCACACACACAUGUAUAUAUUCUUUUGUAAAUGGGAAGAUCUUUGGUGUCCACAAUAUAUUUUCCUGGAAUAAUAUUUUCCGAUUUAUUUCACACCAAGCAGGUAAUGAAGUUCUAAAUUCCACAAGUUAUGUCAUAUAUUUUUGGCCAGAAGUGGCAUUCUCUCAAGAAAUCUAGUAUGCAUUUACUUUAACAUUCAUUAGCAGGUUAUCCCCCGUGCAAUAUAAAGCACUGUUAGAAGGACAGCAUGGAUUUACAAGACUCUGUGCCUUUCUUUCACCUUAUGCUUACUGACACAUAAACGUUCAAUUGCAAACCUAACUUCCUUAACCCAAUUUUUAUCUUUGGGAACUCUAGUCUGGUGGCAGUAGGGUAAGUAUCAAACCCAAAUGUCUGUGCCUUAUUUUGUUCACUCACAAUUAGAAAGGAGAAAAUGUUGGCUAAUACAUAUGUCUCCUUCCGUGUCUGGCAUACAUACGUAUCACAUCGCUUGGUACCACCUUUUCACAUCGUUAUCCUUUAAUUCAGGAAUGCCCAAAAGGUAUAUCCCCUGAUUUUGUAGAACUACAACUCCUGUGGUGCUUUGCAUCUAUUUGGAACGCAUUUUGAAUGGCAAAGCAUCAUGGAAGCUGUAGUUUUUAAAUGUAUGGGGAUCUACCUUGUGGACACACUGAUUUACUAUUAUGUCAGCAUUAUUGGGCUCACAUUUUCAUCCACAUAUUUUUGGAGUCUUGUCCAUCUCUGCAAAGUUUUCUUCUACAUAUCACUGUUUAAAUAUAUUUAAUUUUUUAUCCUACUAUGUCGACAUAUAAAGAGUAGCGGAAAAUAAAGCCAAGGGUUGCUUGCAAAAGAAGGGAAACAGGAAUGUAGCAGAGGAAGCCAAAAAAUACCUGGACAGCUGACAAGUACUCACAACACAACUAGUCUGUCAUCAACUUGUGAAACAUUGCAGGCCAGUUAAAUGCUCAGUAAUACCCAUAGCCCAAUUACCUAGAUACUUUUGUUCAGAUUAGGAAUAUCCCUACAUAAAAUGCACUUCUGCUGAUUUACAAAAUUUAAAAGUUUCUUUAACAGAGAAAAUAUAGUUCAGGCUACAUUUAUAAGUGCAUGUUCUCAGAUCAUGCAUAUUUUCAUUAAAGAGACACUAUAGUCACCAAAACAACUUUAACUUGAUAAAACAGUUUUUGGUGUAUAGACCAUGUCCUUGCAGUCGUAUUGCAAAAUGUUGUGCUAUAUAGGAGUUAAAUCACUUAAUGCAUGCCUAGUUACACCUCCUUGCAUGUGACUUGCACAGCCUUCCUAAACACUCAUGUACCCAGAACAUACUUGAAAAUGAGAGAAAUCUCAAUGUAUCCUUCCUGGUAAAACAUUUUAUUAAAAAAAAAAAAAAGAGUUCUCUAAUGUUUACACUUCCUUUAAUCUGUUUCUUAUCUCAAUAGCUUGCUAGACCUUGCUAUAUUAAUAGCUUGCUAGACCUUGCUCCUGGGUGCAAUUAAAGUUCAGUUUACAAAGCAGGGGAUAAAGACCUCUAAAGUAAGUUAACACCUGAUUGAAAAUUCAUUUCCCGUGCAGGCUGUGUGAAUCACAGGAAAGGGAAGUUUAGGGAUGCAUGGACAAAAACAAGAGUGAUUUCAAUCCUAAAUGGCAGAUAAUUGAGCAGUGAGAUUUUAGUUUAGAGGCAUGAUCUAUAAAGUUACACUCCCAACUGAAUGUGACUCCUGUUUCUAAAUGCACAAUAUAAAUAUAUAAUGCAUAAAUGCAACAAUAAUUAAAUAAUAGAAAAUAAAACACUACCCAAGGUAUCCACUCUUUAAAAUGCCAGCAUGUGCUUGGUUUCUUGCCUUUACAGCGAUUUCUGUCCAGGCCAGGAAGUAGGUCAGCCAGUAGGAAUGCUUUUAUGCUCUCUAAGCAAGCCUGGAUCUAUCUCAUAAAUCACUGCCCAGCAGCCAAAUAAUGUGCAGACAUCCCACAAUUCUUGGUAUACACCUUAAUGCUAGAGUUUGUGGAAUGACGAUCACAUCAUUUGAAGGUGAAGGGAACUUUCCUUGUGCAGCUGUUCUGCCCAUUGUGUGUGGAGCUGCUGUGUCAGUUUUCAUACCCCACAGUGGAUGAAGGACAGGUAAAUCUGGUAAGUAUUUAGUUUAAUCUAUAUGCAUGCUGGUAAUCUCUCCAGCAUAGUGUGUAGUUUAAAAAUAUAUCACCUGAAUGUAAAAAUUGAUUUUAAUCCCAUAUGCUUUUACUGUGUGUCAUAAAUCCUUGAAAAGUGUUUACAAUAUUUUUUUUAAUACAAUUGUAUUCAAAUAACUAAAAAUUAAUAGAUAGCACAUGGAUCUUGAAGCUUUUAAAUACUACUAGUCCAAUGCGGACAAUCAAUUCUGCUUGUACACACGCUGCUGAUGUAAAAGAAGAAUUAUAUAGAAAUAACUGUGAAAUAUUAGAUAUGUAUGUCUUAAAAUUAGGUGGUGCCCUGAUUAUAAUUUUUUUUUUUUUUUUUCACACCACUGGAUGCUUACUUUGGACAAAG